AUGUCUAACAGCAACACAACACAGGAGACACUGGAGAUAAUGAAAGAAUUGGAAAAGAAAGUGGUUGAGGAAUCUGUGAACAAAAACAAAUUUGUAUCCAGGUCACCAAGCAAAGAGGAAGUUGAGAAGGAUGGGGAGGAGAGUAGUACACGGCAAGAAUCACAGGUAAUUGGAGGAAGAUCUUUCAUGUAUACCAACAGACCCAACAAAGCCCAAUGCUAACUGGCAGUAGAUCUUGGACUCCCUAUUGCAGUAUAUCAGGCAGAGGUCCUUUUUGGCCCUUUUGUUAAGUUCACUUAAUUAGUGGUUAAGAGCGGUAGUCUCGUAAUCUGGAGAACCGGGUUCGCAUCUCCGCUCCUCCACAUGCAGCUGCUGGGUGACCUUGGGCCAGUCACACUUCUCUGAAGUCUCUCAGCCCCACUCACCUCACAGAGUGUUUGUUGUGGGGGAGGAAGGGAAAGGAGAAUGUUAGCCGCUUUGAGACUCCUGAAGGGGAGAUAUCAAAUCCGAACUCUUCUUCUUCUUCCAGCAGUUCUGGACUUCCGCAGUACCGUAUUCUACCACCAAAUUACUCAUUAAUCUCAGCAUGGUGUGAACCUGGUACUGUUAGAGAAAGAGCCGUGGUAAUCAGUGGUGAGGUUCUUGUCAUGCUGCCAUAUACAGGGGUACCUCGAGUUACAAAUGCCUCAGGUUACAAACUCCGCUAACCUGGAAGAGUUACCUUGAGUUGAGACCUUUGCCCCAGGAUGAGAACGGAAAUUGUGUGCCGGCGGUGCAGCGACAGCAAGAGGCCCCAUUAGCAAAAGCACGCCUCUAGUUAAGAACAGUUUCAGGUUAAGAACGGACCUCCAGAAUGAAUUAAGUUCAUAACUAGAGGUACCACUGUACUUUGCUAGAACAUUUUAGGAAAUCUUUUCCAGAAGCAGUGUUGCUGCUGCUGCUGCUGCUGCUGCUGUUAUUAUUAAUUAGUUUUGUAUACUGCCCUCACAGGGCGGUUCACAACAUAAAAAUACAAAAUGGGAACACAAAAGACAUAAUAAAAACCAGAACAAAACAUUAACCCCACUCACACAAACAUGUGUAAAAGGACACAGAAUGUUAAUCAGUCCAAGGCCUACUUUGAGAGAAUCAUUAUUAUCUAGCACCUAAAGAUAUGUAAUGAAAGUGCCAGGCGAGCCACCCUGAGGAGAGCAUUCCACCAAUGGGGAACCACCACAGAAAAGGCCCGUUCUCAUGUUGCUGCCCUCCAAACUUAUUGUGGAGGAGGCACAUGAAGAAAGACCUCAGAUGAUAAUUGCAGGGUCUGGGUCAGUUCGUAUGAGGAGAGGUGAUUCUUGUUUCUUUUUUCCUACCCCAUCACAUAAAUGAGUCCUAUGGACUUCUUACAGUACAAUCCACCCAGAAGUAAGUCUUUGAGUUCAGUGAGACUUACUCCCAGAUAAGUGUGUGUAGAAUUGCUGAUUUAGUGUGGCCAUGAUGGCUUCAUCUCUUCAGUAUUAAAAAAGAGAGUGGGACAUGGGCCCAGGAAGAUGUUCAAGCCACUUUAUAUUGCAGACACACAAAUCCUGCUCCAAAGAAACACAGAAGGCAUAGAAAUUAACAGGCAAAUACCUGCUCCAAGGGUUGUGGCAGUCUAAAGUUAAGCAGUGAAAAGAGAGAACUGAGGGAAUGAGCAAGAGAGAUAUGGACAAAUGCAAUUUUAUACACCUAGACAUCACUUUGGAGAGAAGUGUGAAAUUUGGCAAAAACUUCACAGAAAAAGAUGAGCUUUGAGAUGUAUUUGUAGGCCCCAAGCCCAAGAGACUCAGUGGCUUAGACCACAGCGCCACCCGCAUCCUUUGUAGGAGAGAGAAAGGACACCAUGAUUUUAACAGACCUCAAUUGUAGGCGUCCUUUUAAAUCCAUGAAAUUGGAUGGUUAAACUGGACUUGACCACACAAUGUUUCUCUUGCAUUUUAUUUCCUUAUUUUAUCUUUACAUGGUUAUGGCAGUUUCCUGCCAUAGCUGGUUUUGGUCCUUUGCAAAAUGUAUGCAGAAUUGAUCUGUUUGCAUUAGAUUCUUGCAAGAUAAUAUAUGGCAUGGACUUCUGCUAGCACAGUGGGACUCCCCCUCACCCCUGGGCCUGCCCAGAUUGCCUAGAAGUGUGUAUCAGGAGAACCCCCAGAAAAAGGUGUGGGGAGAGGAGAGAACAUUGUUUCCAGCAAGCUGAAAUGCUUGUGUUGAUGGAACAAUUCCCAUACUGUUACAUUUAAUUCCUCCCAAUGUGUUGUGAUUCCCUCCUCCCUAAUCUUACAUCUCAUAGAAUGCACAACGGGAGUGAUUUCCCCACCAUUGUUCCUCCUCUCCUUUUUGUUGUUGUUGCAGAGGCGGACCUCCAAUCAUGGGCAUGCUAGAAAAAGAGCCAAGGUAAGAUACUGUUGAUUCCUUUUUACCAGGUGAUGCUGCAGCAAGAACUUACAUGACUCUGAUCUUUCUGCAGUCAUUCUUGGCAUUGUAUAUAUAAUCUUUAUUGCAGUCCAACGACCCAUAACAUGGAUUCAGAAUAAAAUACAGAUUCAUACAGACAACCCCCAGGGAAGGGAGACCGAAGUGUUAUUUGUUUAGUCAUGGGUUUGUUGAUCUUUGAUUUGUAUGACUACUGAAAAAAACUUUGCCGUGGCCGCUGUGAUAGCAUUGGACUUGUCAUCCAGAAGAUAUUUGGUAUAGGCUUCAGAUUGACUCGGCCCGUUUGCCAAUAGUGGUUUAAUCAUUAUUUCCCUAGCUUGAUCAUAUUGUCCGCAAUGCAAUAAAAUAUGCCUCAUACAGUCGACGUCCUGAGAGUAUACACAGAUCCUAUUUUGAUAAGGGAUGCCUCUCAGUCUGCCAUUUAGCACUUCUGAUGGGAAUACAUUUAAUCUGUCUGAUGGAUUAAAUGGCUGAUGGAACAUAAUGGCCUCCCCUUGUAUAAAAGAAUUGAAGUAUAGCCAGUUUGGUUACCUCCACCUUUUGAUAGGUGGUCUGAUCCUUGGCAUUGAGUUCCAGAAUCUCUCAUUCCUAUCAGUGCUCCAGAUAUGACUCUUCUUGCUCCUUUAUCCCAUAUCUUCUUGCUUUUCACUGUUCAUUGCUUGUGCUUAAUGGUUAACCAGUUAAGACCUCAGCAUGGCAAAGAGGUUGCCCUUUACUCCUAGGUUUCAUUGUGAUUUUUAAUAUCAGCUGAGCAUGGCCUCCGAAUCACAAUACAUGCUGCAGGGGGCAUGGGGCUACAGGCACUGCUCUCAUUGACUGCCUCAUAGCUAUGAAACUGCCUCCUCUUGAAAACUCAGUGAAACCUGUGUAUCUUGUGGAAGCCAUACACAAUAUUUAGCCUAGAAAAGAGGAGACAGAGAUAUGAUAGCCACCUUCAAAUAUAUAAAGGGCUGUCACAUGGAAGAUGGCAUAAGCUUGCUUUCUCCUUCUCAGGAGGGUAGGACUCAAGGCAGUGUUUUCAAGUUACAAGAAAGGAGAUUCCGAUUAAACACCAGGGAGAACUUUCUAACAGUAAGCGUUGUUAGACUGUGCAAUGGACUCCCUUGGAAGGUGGUGGACUCUCCUGCAUUAGAGGUUUUAAAGCAGAGGUUGAAUGGCCAUCUGUCAUGGACGCUUCAGUUGAAAUUCCGGCAUUUCAGGGGGUUGGGCUAGAUGACCCUUGGGGUCCAUCUGAGCUCUGCAGUUCUAUGGAAAACUCUUAUCUCUGGUCUGGCUUUAAGUGUCCAGACCUGGUCAUCUCACUGAGGUGAUAAACCUGUGUCUUGACUUGUACAACUUCUACACUGCGGGUGAGAGUUCACAUGCUUAAUUUUCCCUCUGUACAAAACAUUUCCCUGCACAUAGAGAGGUAAAAUGUUAAGGAGAAGGGAGGUACUAGAAUCCUUUAUUUUCUAUGGAGCAGCAUUUGCUCACAAUUGCAGACCAAAACCAGCAAAGCCCAGGUGGUGGUUUAUUGCUUUACUAAGACCUAGUAUGGAGGGACGUGGGUGGCGCUGUGGGUUAAACCACAGAGCCUAGGACUUGCCGAUCAGAAGGUCGGCGGUUCGAAUCCCCGCGACGGGGUGAGCUCCCGUUGCUCAGUCCCUGCUCCUGCCAACCUAGCAGUUCGAAAGCACGUCAAAGUGCAAGUAGAUAAAUAGGUACCGCUCCAGCGGGAAGGUAAACGGCGUUUCCGUGCGCUGCUCUGGUUCACCAGAAGCGGCUUAGUCAUGCUGGCCACAUGACCCAGAAGCUGUACACCGGCUCCCUCGGCCAAUAAAGCGAGAUGAGCGCCGCAACCCCAGAGUCGGCCACCACUGGGGUCCCUUUACCUUUAAGACCUAGUAUUAGUUCAGAGUUUGUGUUUAUAGUAUUUGUAAUUUGUAUCUGCCCCAAAUCUUUUGAGAUUAAACUGCUAUGGCACUGUUCUUUUUCUUCCAUUUGAUUCUCUUAUGCCCUUGUCAUAUGCACCUUUAACUUUCCUUUAUUAUAUUGGAGAUAAUAUCUUAAGUAUGGUUCCUAGACCAUAUUUCACCAUGACUGCUUCUGUUCAAGUAAAAUACUUUUGUGUUGCUACAUUCACACUCUCUUACUUGCAGGUCCAUUCACCAAACAGUCUGAGGCAGACAUUUAUUUUAAGCAUUUUCUUUAAAUGCUACUAUAGUAGAUCACCCAGAAUAACUACGUUUGUCAAGAAGGCAGCAGUUUAAUGACAGGCUUUCAAUUAAGGCAGGAAGAAGUUAGUCAUUCCUUUUUGUCACUUACCAUCAGUGGUUUAACAGUCUGCAGAUUAUUUAAUGGGUUCGUUAGCUUCAGAGAAGCCCUAUCAAUGUAUAUGACCUUCACGUCACUGUGUUAGCAGAGGCUAAGUACCUCCACAGGUUCCAGACUUGAAUCUCUAUCAAGCAUGUUAAGGGAGAGAAAAUCACUAUGCACUUGGUAUCUUCUGCUUGACUGCUUUGCCAUGUGUUACUACUGGACAAAACAUAAUUGCAUUUCUCAUUAGUAUAGAGCUAACUUAAUUAGCAUUAGCUGAACAGCAGCUCAUUCAUAUAUUGAAAGGGAAUUCUAGCUGCCUGUGUCUUACUACAGACUCCCCCCUCCUUUUGCAGUCAAAUUCAAAGCUGAAGCUAGUCAGGAGCCUGGCUGUAUGUGAAGAGUCUUCUAGCCCCUUUGUGGAUGGGACAUUGGAUACCCAGGUAAGCCUAGUUGUAGUCACAUCACUUUUCCAGCCACGCGAGAGACUGCUUUCAGGGAUGAUUUUUCUUAAUAGUUCUGAUCAAGGUUGAAAGCUUACCUGUAGGAAAGUUUCAAGCCUUUAAAAGAAAAAUGACAGUCCUGGUUAAAAUGUAUAUUUGUUAUCUGGAUGCAGUAAGCCCACAACCUGCGCAUGUUUAACUUGUGCACAUUCAGCUUUAUGUGCAUGGCAAAUAAUAAUAAAUAAAAAUAAUAAGGGAGCAGGGUUCUGGGAAAAAUGACUUUGGCAAUCCCCCCAAUGCCUUUUGACUACACUCAAUUUUGACUUAGGCACGGUCCCCGGAACGCAAACCCAGCGUAAGUUGCAGGCUUACUGUAUGCUAGUGUGUGUGCUUUCAUAGCAAACCUCUGUUCUGAUUUACUGUCUCCCAAGUCAAAAAAGCAUACCUUCCUAUAUGAGCUCCUAUUGAAACAUAGCAUAUUUGAGCCAUCAGAUCAUAAAAAGUCAAAUUCAGACAAGGUUUUCAGGGUGUAUUAAAAAAGCUUUGCAUCUUCUAGUGAUACCAAACUACACCUAUGAUCAGAUCGCUGUAGGGGAUUUUAACCUCAAAGCCAUAAGAUAGCAGCAAACCGCACCCAUAGCAUGCAUUUAUAUGGCAGAGCCACACCUAGUUCAGAUUGUAUAUAGUGUCCUGCAAUCUAAGAACAGGAGCAAACAAGGUGCCAGAGACAGCUGUGGUUAGAAUCUCAGACAAGUGAUUGGGAGACCAGUGUUCCAACCCCCGCAAAGCCAUGAAGCUCAUUGGUUAAGCUUGGGCCAGUUGCUGCUUCUCAGCCCAACCUACCUCGCAGGGGAUUAAAUGGGGAAGGAGAGAGCCAUUUACACCGCCCUGUCUGUGUUCCUUGGAGAAAAAGGUGGGGUAUAAAUGCAACAAAUGAGCAACAAAAAUAUACCUACCACAAGGGCUUGCGAGAGUAGUACAGAUUAGUUAAGUGAGCCAUGCCACAUUGUAGGCAGGAAGGCAAAAAUCCACAGGGUUCCUUACUGACCUGCCGAAAAUCCCCCACUUCCUGAAUAUAUAAUUACUCAUCAGUUACCUACAAUCUAAUGCAUUCUAUUUUGGGGGGUAAUGUCAUGUUUGGAGAGGAGAGGGGAUGCAGAUGGACUAAAAGGACAUCUUAUCCACUGCAAUCAACCUUUUAACUUACGAACAGGUUCAUAGCAUAAAAAUCAUAACUCCACAUAAAUCACACGAGCAAGCAUGUUGCACAGGGAGGCAAAAAUCACCCAGGGUGACUAGCCGGAUGCCGGAAACCACAAGAAGGGAGAGUGCUCUUGUAGUCAGAUCCUGCUUGCUGAUUUCCCACAGGCAACUAUUCAGCCACUGUGAGAACAGGAUGCUGGACUAGAAGGGCCACUGGCCUAAUCCAGCAAGCUCUUCUUAUAUUCUUAGCCAUUCUACCCAGAAGUAAAAUUUCUUACUGGAAUCAAAUUGGUCGUCAUACCGUAUUUCCACCUUUUGUUGGUUGCAAAACAUCAGCUCUGAUGCCUUCAAAGUGUGGAUUUUGUCUUGUUGCUAGGAUAUCAUCCAGUUGCACGUCAGCUGCCCCUCUGACAAGGAAGAUGACAAGUCUGCAAAAGAUGGCCCUGAAAAAGAAGAAAAAGAGAAAAAUAAGGAGAAGGCACCCAAGAAAAUGCUAUCUAGAGGUAAGACAGUCUCAGUUCUGGAAUGAACCUGGUUUCUGUGGGCAAAGAUGAGCAGUAGUUUCUGUUUCCCUAUUUACCAGAGGUCUGGGACUUUCUUUUCAGUUUGUGCAUUCAAGCUGACCACAUGACAAGGGGAAAGGAGUAUUACAAUAUUAUAUGUCAACCUCUGUCUAUCUGUCUGUCUAAUAAGGGCACCUGCCACAACUUUCCAGGAAUGGAUUUCCAGUCUAUAUCAUAAAGAUGAGGAGCCUGUGGCACUCCAGCUGUUCUUGGAUUCCCAUUCCUAUCAGCCUCAGCCUGCAGGGCAAAUAGAGAGGGAUGGAUGAUAGCAGAAGUCUAGGAACACCUGGAGAGCCAAAGUUUUCCCAUCCCCACUGAUUCACAUUUGCAUGUGUCCACCUGUAAGUUUAUUCCAUUCCAUUUUCAUGUUAAUCUACAAUAAAAAAAAUCUGCAGAAAAUUGCAUUUAAGUAUAUAUUUCAACAAUUAUUUUAAACAUAUCUUUGAAAGUACACAUCUCUAUACAGUGGUACCUCAGGUUACAGACGCUUCAGGUUACAGACUCUGCUAACCCAGAAAUAGUACCUCGGGUUAAGAACUUUGCUUCAGGAUGAGAACAUAAAUAGAGUUGCAGCGGUGCGGCAGCAGCAGGAGGCCCCAUUAGCUAAAGUGGUGUCUCAGGUUAAGAACAGUUUCAGGUUAAGAAUGGACCUCUGGAACGAGUUCAGUUCUUAACCCGAGGUACCACUGUACAUACAUGCAAUGGUUGACUCAGUCCACAUCAAUUCAUAUUAGAAUUUGCAAAGAUCAAAUGUCCUUGGUCUCCUUAGCACUCUGAAUUUUUUUGCUGACAUGGGCACAGGUAGACCACUAAUGAAAAUAUUGAGAAAACAGUCAUUACACACCUUAACUGCUCAGACAAGCCUUUAAUCAAUUACUUUUUCCUUUCUGGUCCACAUUCUGUUCCACAAAGCAGUGUUUGUUGUAAAUUUAAGAAGUUCUCCUUCUGAGAUUUGUGCAAAGCCAAGUAAUCUUGUCAGGUACAAUCAUUUAGCAUAUGAUUGUUCAGGCAGUUGGUGGUAGAACAAGCAGCUAAAGGGUGGGUAAGAAAUCAAUAUAUUUGAAGGUUCUAGGGUGGUAACUUUGCCCUCAAAUAUGGCCUGUUGCUCUUUCAAAGCGCUAGAGUUAUGUCCUACAAAUGGUCUUUCCAACAUUGACUCCAAAGAAAGCCAUGGCUGUGGUGAUGGCAGAGGCAGCCAUUAACUUGGUCCUUCCAACACUGUCAGAACCUCUUUUAUAUUCUGGCUUGUUUUGACUCCAUGGAUAUUCACCCUGUGAGCAUGGCAUUUCUUGAGUAUGUUGCUGUUUUCUUUGUUAUAGAUUCCAGCCAGGAAUACACAGACUCCACUGGAAUAGAUUUGCAUGAAUUUUUAGUGAGUACACUGAAGAAAAACCCAAGGUAGGUUCCUCUGUGGUUAUGUGGCAGAUUUGCAAGUGGGAAUAAGGAGGUGUUCUUGCAAGCUUGCAUGGUUAAGGAGAAAGGAUGGAAGAGGGAACAGAAAGUAUCAGCAACUGUUGGAAUCUAUGGUGGUGGUGGUGGUGGCAGCUGCAGCUGCAUAGUGGAGGUAGGCAAGCACCUAUCAAUCGGCUCUUUAACUCAUGAGAUGUGGGAAGUUUAAGAGCACUAAUUGAGAAUCCUCUAGAAUGCACUCUGUCCAGCCUUGCUAGCCACAAAGGCACGUGUGAUGGGAUGUUAGUAUCUUACUUUCCAGCAUCUUGAGCAUGAAGUGGCCAUGGUGAGGCCUUGGAAUAAGCGGACUGUUCAGUGGUUUUGGGGUCCAGACCCUGUGUCAGCAUGUGACAUUCUUAGGCAGCACCUCAUUGGGGUCCACUAAGGAUGCCUUCCCUGGGGUUUCCUUUAAAAUUAAUUUUCUCUCAGUGCUCUGACCUGCCUGACCACUGGUUCUAGCCAUGAGUAAGAGAUUAAAGAGGAUCCAAGUUCAGUGAGAAAGUACCCAGUGGGCUCUCUGGGCUGGAGAUGGGGAACCUGAGUCCCCCCGCCCCGACAUCUCUGAACUUCAACUCCCAUCACCCCUGACUAUUGGCUAUACUGUUGCUAGGGCUGAGGUGUGUUGGAGUCCAACUAGAAGGCCACAGGUUCCUCAUCCCUGGUCUAGUCACCGUCGUAUUCUUCUUCUUCCUAUUACUGUUUAUUUAUUACAUUUUUAUAUCACCUUUAUCUGCUGAGGAUCUCAAAGUGGUGUCCGUUGUUCUCCUCCGCAUUUCAUCCUCACAACAACCUUGUGAAGUAGGUUAGGCUAAGAGAUGGAGACUGGCCCAGGAACACCCAGUGAGCUUCAUGGCUAAGUUGGGAUGUGACUCCUGCUCUCCCAAUGCUAGUCCAGCACUCUUAACCAUUACACCACACUGGCUCAAACCCCUGUGGAAUUAUUUUUAAACAAAUAUUUAAUACUUAGCCCUGUUGUUAUAUGGAGACUAUAGUGGUCUCCCAUCCAAUAUCCAUUUUGCUUCAAUAACUAUGCAAUAUUCACUGGACCCCUAGCAAGAUUAGAAUAAUUCUAGCAUUGCAGACUAACAAAACAGAUGCAUUCAUAUACUGUGCAUAAGAACAGAAAGAGAAAAAAUGUGGAAUGCGUUAGUCAGGAAGGAAUCUUAACAGCUCUAAAAACCACCUAUAAAUAGCUUCCAAAUACUUCUCUGUAAAGUGCCUCCUGCCAUCUCACUAAUAAACAAUGUCAAAACGGAAUGCCAGUCAUUGCCUAUGUUCUGAUGUACUGUUUCUUUUCAAUAAUACAAGCACAAUGAGAGCCCAUGGGAUAUUGUGCUUCUAGAAGCGUAAUCACUGCACCAAAGUGAAUCCACCUGAACAGUAUUGGUCUACUUUUAACUUGCUACAUCUGUUCUGCAUCUGCCAAUGCAGGUUGGGUAGUGAUAUCUUCAAUGCUGAAUUACAUUGAACUUUUUGAUUAAUAUUGGAGUGAAGGAGGAUAUUAAUCUUCAGAUUUUUCAGAGACAAUUGUAUAGCCAUUUGUGCUCUGAAUGAUUUUUCCUCUCCUUUUCUCCCUGCUCUCUCUCCCAUCCUCCAAGGGACAGAAUGAUGCUGCUAAAAUUGGAACAGGAGAUUCUGGAAUUUAUUAACGAUAACAAGUAAGUAAUGUACUGGUCUGUAAGACAGAGUGACUUAAAGACUGAUUUGUUUGAGAAUGUUCACUAAUUAAGCUGCUGAUUUCAAACAAUGCUGAGAAAUGUAUACAGUAUUUAUCUGACACAUGAAGGCUGCCUUUAUAUAGAGUCUGUCUAGCCCUGUGCAUUCUUCCUGAAAUGACUGUGACUACCCCCAGAGCAGGGGUAAUCAAUGUGGUGCCCUCCAGACAUUGUGGACUCCAACUCACAACCUCCCUGAUUGAAAUCCUAUCAUCCCUCCCAUCCUAUACUGUCUGAGGCUGAUGGGAAUCGUAUUGCAACAAUUUCUGAAGCAUACCUUGUUGGCUAUCUCUGCUCUAAGGCUGGAGUGGCUAAUCUGUGAUCCUUGAGAUGUUGCUAAACUACAGGGCCUCAGUCAUUGUGGACAGUGGUCAUGGGUGGUGGGAAUUGUAGCCCCACAGCAGCUAAUGUGCCACAGUUUAGUCACCCCUGCUCUGGGACAUUGGAUUAGAACUGUACAAUAUGAAGAAUGUGCAGCUACCCUAUGUUUCCUUUUCUUCACCUCUUUCCCAGUUAUUAAGUUUGCAUGAAUGGUGAUAUCACAUGGAGUUUCCUUGCUCUCUCUCACUUGUGAGAUGCGUCUUAUAAUGUCAUGCAUUGAAAUUCACAGAACAUUUCUGGAGAUGAGAGAAGGAGGAAGUGCUGGGCUGCAACUUUAACAACCAUAUACUGAUGAUGAUGAUAAAAUGUGUUGCGGGUGCAUGUGCUCAACCUGUUCUAUUCUUCACUUUUCUUCAGUGAGUGGGAGGGUAUGAAUGGGGCUUGUAAGCGCAUUCGGGAGUUGAGUGGGUUGGGACAUUGGGAGUGAGGCCAGUACAUGGACACAUAUGUCUUCAUGCAUUCUAUGAAUGCCUGAACCAGGACUCAGGUGUUAUCUGUAUCAUCUUGUUCUGCCUUCAGUUAGAAGCCCUUCUCUAGUAUUCUCUAAAUGGGAAUUCCAGGGUUUGAAACUCUCUCCAUGUCUACCAAAAGCACAUUUUUUGCCAGUGAGCUUUUCCCGGAUGAACAUGAGCUUCAGUCACAAAUAGAGACAUCUCCGAGUCAUGCUUCUCUACCCAUAACAAGCUUGCUCAUGUUCAGUGAGGAAGAAAUGCAAGAUUGCUGGUGUAGGGUUGCAUAGAGUUGUAGAGUUGGAAGGGAGCCCAAGGGCCAUCUACUCCAACCCCCUGCAAUACAGGAAUCUUAGCAAAGCAUGACAAAUGGCCAUCCAACCUCUGCUUACAAACCUCCAAGGAAGGAAAGUCCAUCACCUCCUGGCAGAGACCGUUCCACUGUCAAACAGCUCUUAAUGACAGAAAGUUCUUCCUGAUGUUUAGUCGGAAUCUCCUUUCUUGUAACUUGAAUCCAUUGGUUUGUGCCCUGCUCUGCAGAGCAGGAGAAAAGAAACUUGCUCCAUCUUCCAUAUGGCAGCCCUUAUUAUAUUUGAAGAUGGCUAUCCUAGCUCCCCUGAGUCUUUUCCAGGCAAAACAUACCCAGCUCCUUCAAGUGCUUCUCAUAAGGCUUGGUUUCAAGACACUUGAUCAUCUUGGUUGCCCUCCUCUGUACAUGUUCCAGCUUUUCAACAUCCAUCUUAAAUUGUGGCACGCAGAAGUGGACAAGGCUUCCCUAUCCUGCCGCUUAUUUCUAUGCUGCUAUACACAGUGGGAGAUCAGCAUCAUGCUUAAUAACACCCACUUCAUAUUUGCAGAAACAUUUGAAGCCUUGGAUCAGAAAUAUAGGCAAAUAUAUGUUGAACCCAUACAUUUAGAUAUUAUUCAGUGCAUGAGCAUCAGGUUACUCAUGGGACUGGGGCCUAUAGCUCACUGGAAGAGCAGAAGAUCUCAGGUUCAGUCCGAAGCAUCUCCAUGAAAAAGGGUCUUGGAAAGGGAAGGGAUACUGAGGUAGACCUCUGCCUGCCUGAAACUUUGGAGAGUUGCUGCUUGUCUAAGUAGACAAUUAUUGGAAAAGAUGAUCACCAGUGCUCUAAGCCAAUUCGCCAGUUUCCAGUGCCUUUAUGUUAUGGGGUUCCAACUGCAUAUCAUGUGCAGGAGUCGAACAUCUGUAAUGCUCUUGAACUUUGGAGCCUAGGUGACCCAAAGGCCUUGAAUAUCCUAUAACUAACAUUGCUAGGAAAACCAAAAUAAAUUUUAAGGUGAAGGAAUCAUUUUGCAGUAGUGUUUUUCUGAAUGAAAGUUUGUAAUGUUGAGUACAUGUUAGCAACUCAUUUGUCGUGGGUGGAACACACCACAUUCCAAACAAAAUUUCUAGCUCAUGUUUUGGAAGUCCUACUUUCUCAUUAGUCCUGGGACUGAUGGUUUAUAUUGUUAUGAAAUGGCAGAUGGCCUCUCAGUAUCCAGGGAAAUGUAUCUAUAGUAACUAAAAUAAGAUAUAGCAGAGAGAUGCAGGAUUUGGCACUUGAAAUAUAUGUUGAGGGAGUUUGAGGGCAGUGAAGACAAAGCCUGAAUUUUUCGUAUUGGAUGCUGAUCUGUUCUUGGAUCUAAUCUUGGAAUGUUCAGUGUAGCCGAUCAGAAGAUGAGGCAAAUGUCUCCUGAAGGAGGUUCUAUCUGCACAAGCCACAUUCCUAAAAGUCCAGGCCAUCACCACUACCUUUGCCCUUUUAAAAAUCUGCACUAUUCCUGGCUACACUUAAUGUACCCUUAGUAGACAGUUGAGUGGGUGAUGACAGGUGAACAUCUUCUUGAUAGUUAGAUUGGAAGAAAGCAGGGCAAGGAAGGAGGCACAGAUGACCAAAAAUAAAAAAAAUAAAAAAAUGGCAGUCCCAUCCUACCAUGAUGCUAAUCUUUCUUUUAUCUUCUUUCAUUUAUAUUACUGUUUUAUAUCCAUUGUUUUAAAAGAAAUUAGUUUUGAUCAUGCUUAUUUUUUUAAUAAAAUAAACACUUGAUGUAAUCACAGUUUAUAGAUAUACUUUGAUGGUGGUUGCCCUACUUGCAGUUAUCUACAUGUGACAUUAAAUGGUACCACUUAGUGAAAAAUGCACUUGGUGUGGUUUGGAUUCUUACCUGCUCAGCUGAUAAAUCAGGAUUCCAGCGGUAAACAUAUCCCACAUUUACCAGAUGGAUGGGGGCUACAUUCCUGGUAGGGAUGACUCCCCCUUCUGGAGACAGAUAGGGUCUUCAACUUGCAGCAUCCUCUCUAGAGGGGAGGAGACAUCCUUCCUCUCCAGACCGACACUGUGGGUCUUCCUGUAUCUCUCUGGGUGAGAGAGAAACUCUUGCUUGAGUGCUUGUUUUGUGUAGAUUUUCCCUUUGUCUAGUCCUCUCCUACAUCCUGUCUGCUACAGUAGAUCACAUUUCUGAGUGAGGUUUUUUUAUUGUGUUUUCCUGUUGACCCCCCCCCCCUUUUCCAUUUUCCUUCGUUCUAUUCAUGUUCCUCCCCCUGCCCCCCGUUAUCUGGGGAAGGAAAGAGUGUAGGGGGCAGCUAGAUUCUGCCUGGAUUGCUGGGCAGGCACAGAAGGAGUCCACAGGUGACAGGGCCAGGAGCCUGGGUUUCCCACCCUUUUCUGAAAAAAGGGUGGGAACACCAUUUUGUUUCCACAAUUCAGCAUUUCUCCAGGAGGCCCCAACAGCACCUAGAGACGUGAUCGCUGCACCUGGUCUAGUGGCUUUCACAAUCACUGUGCUCUCUCCCUGCCUUGACUGGCUGAAUUAUUGCUGCACUUUCAGGUCCCAGUGCUAAUUGGGAGUUUGAGCAACGGCUGCCGUGUGCUCAGUCUCAUUCGUUCCUCCCUUUGCACUGCAUCUGCAUCUGCAUGCAGGAUGACUUCGCCUCAGCAGGGCAGCCUCUCUCCUUGUGAUGGCACAACGGAGGAGGCCUAUACAUUUGGAUAUCCCAGGCAGGUUAGCUUUGGUGAUUCUCCAGGUUCUUCGCAAAAACAGGCGGGAGUGAGUAUGUAAACUUCCUCUGUUUCUGAGGCCUUCCACCACCAUCAUCGUCAUCAUCAUCCCAAGAUUGCCUUCAUGGAUGACGGGGUUGAUCACCUCAGGGGUUUUUUUACACAUGGACCAGCUUGCUUCACCGCCAUAAGAGCAAACGCAAGCACAAGCAGUACACGUGCAGGCAUAGGUGAAAGAGGGGCUAUUCACCAGACAAAGCUGGGUGCUCCCCCACCUCCCCCUCACUCCGCUCCCGGGAGCCAUUUCUGGAUGGACUUCCCUUUCCACCAAAACGGGCCAAGAUGUCUGUUCCUCCCACUCAGGGGGAAGUUCAACAGGAGGUCACUCCCACUCCUAGUCCCUCCAGGUCUCAGGGUGCCACUGGGGCUCAGUGGGUGGCCUCUGGAGAACUGGCCGAAUUGGGGGCCUCCCAGUCCAACCCAGACAUGAAAUAGGGAGCUCUCAGAAAAGGAAGUGUUUGAGGUUAAGAGCCAACCUAGGGUGUUCUCUGCUGAGGUUUUUAUGCCUUUAUUAAAAGGCUUGUUGGGUGCUGCAAUUGCCAGAGGAAGAGACGCCCCCCCCCCCCAAAUCCCCUACAGAUGCCAGGAGUCCUAUGCCCUUUUAAAAUGUGGGAAGGGGUUAUUGGGUUGUUGUUUUUAUUUUGAUUAUAUACUUUGUGGUUUAUAUUUUGAUUUUGUUCUGUGAACCACCCUGAGACCUCUGGGUAUAGGACAGUGUAUAAAUUCAGUAAAUGAUAAGAAAACAACAACAACAAUAACAACAACAGCUGUCCAUAUGCAAGAUAGAGGGCUGCUUGCUCGGCUUUGGAAAGGAGACAAGGGCUUAUUUUACUUAACAUGAUCAUAACUUUGAGUGUGUGGGUGGUGAAAAUAAAUAAUCAGAGAGAAGAAACCCAGUCUCCAUUUAUUUCCCACCCCCACCAAUGCACAACUGUAAUCUUGGGCUUCCCCAGCUUUGGGAAGGUGGCACGAGAGCUCUGGCAGAGUCCCAGAGCCCCCUUGCCACCUUCCCAAAGCCUGGUAAGUGCUUGCCAGGCUUUGGGAAAGAGGCAGGAGGGUUCCGUCCCAAAGCCCGGCACCUCGCUCUGACGCUGCCAGACCUCAUUGCCUUUCUAAAGCCAGGGAAGCUUUGCGCGGGAAAUAAAUAAAUGGAGAGUGGGUUUCCUUCUCUCCCCAUUUAUCUCUUUAUUUUUCCUGCACAAAGCUGCAGUCAUGUACAUAAAAUAAGCAUAGGAUGUGAGUUACCUGUAGCAACAAUGAAAAGUUCCCCCAUCUACAUUAGGUUGCUGAAAAAGAAUUCUUGGAUAGGAGGAUGGACUAAUUUUUGGUGUGGAUUUUUGAGCGAAAGCUCUUGUCAGCUAGAUUAGGGAACUGAUUACAAACUCCUGGACUGAGCCUGUGUUCAGAGGCAUCCUGUUUCUUAACUCUUAGCAUGUGUCUGCUUGACCUAGUCAUUGCUUUGCAUUUGGCUCUGGUUGGUAGAUGCCAGGGUUCUAGUAGAAAACAAAAUAGAUCCCACAAGUCUGAGGUCUGCCCACUCCUGUUGCAGAUGUUCAAGAUUGUCCAGAAAAAGAUUUAAGAGUGCCAGUUAGCAGUCUAUGAAAAAACCAGUUUGUGAUCUGUUAAAUUCUUAUUGUUAUACUCUGGUCACAGUGAACUUGCACAGUUCUGGGGUCUCCUAGUGGUUGAAUCUUAGGUUCUGAAUUGCAAUAAUCAAAUGUUCCAAUGAAAACAUGUGUCUUGGGUGGGAUUCAACUAGAUUGUUGGGUGUGCAGAGUGGGGUCCACCCACACGCUUGGCCAUUCCUCCCCGACUCCUGUGUCCCACCCUGCACCUCCUAAAUCUGCUUUAUAGGAUGGGGGAGGACCCAGAACAAGUUAAUGGAAAUGUGGAAAAGUCCAAUUGAACUUCGCACUAUGUUGAAUUUAGCCCCUGGCUUUGUUGUGGAAGACAGUAUUCCAAUAAAGAGGUUCCUUAUGUGCUUCUGGUUUUUUACUGUGCCCCUUACAUAGCAGUGCCAGCAGUGAAGUACUCUUUUUAAAAAAUUAACAAGUUGCAGAUACCCGAGAGUCUGUGGGCUUUCAUGUUCCCUUGUUUUCAUUUCAGUGAGACUAGGUCACCUUGCCCUAGGCUCUAGUUUAAGAUAAUGCUUGCUUAAAUAUAAGAGUGUCUUAUUUUCUCUUCUCUUCUUCCCCCCCUCUCCAUCCCCAUUUGAACUUGGCUGCUGUCAGCAAUCAAUUCAAGAAGUUUCCCCAAAUGACCUCAUACCACAGAAUGCUUCUACACCGGGUUGCUGCCUAUUUUGGCAUGGACCACAACGUAGACCAAACUGGGAAAGCCGUCAUUAUCAACAAGACCAGUAACACGAGAAUGUAAGGCAAGAAUGGGUUUAAGCCAGUUAGUGGAUGGGAGGGAGGGAGAUAAAAUUAGAAAAAAUAAUUCUUAUAAUUUAUAUAUAAAUUAUUUUUUCUAAUUUUAUCUUUUGGGUGUUCAGAACUCUUCCCAUAUGAUCUCAGUAAAGUUUACAGCAUUUGUGUAUGUCAGGAUAGUAUUAUUAUUUCCAUAUUUCCUCUGUUAGGAGUAGUAUGUGAAAAAAUCAGUUGCUCAAGGUUUCCUGUUGAAUUCCUGGCAGAUGUGAGAUUUGAAUUAGCGGCUUCCUGGUUGCAGCUUAGUCUCUACUGCACUUGCCUUUGCUAUUUUUUUGUAUCCUGCUCCUUGUUUGUGAAGGGCAAUGAUCUCUUACCUUUUUGGACCAUUCUCUUGACUUAGGCAUAUUUCUAACACGCAGCUAAAUUUGAUACUCAGCAAAGCCCUAGCCAGUCCAGGUAUUUCAUGUGUUCCAGCUCAAGCACACCUGGUGCAACUAAUGAAGCCCUUGAUUAAUUGCAUCAGGUAUGCUUGAGACAACACCUGGUGUAUUUGUGCUCUUGUGAAUAGUGAGACUGGAGAAGCCUGUAUAAGUUGUAAUUUCAGCUGAAUUUGGGGGAACCACUUGAAGCAUGCAUUGUUUUGAAGUAUUUCAAUUGCUUUUGUUUGUUUUGCUCAUUGCAAACAGCUGAAAGUCUGUAAAUUUUGAUAAUGAACCCAAUUUGCAAUGGGUGUUGAAUAAUUUCGAUUGCAACCGUAUGCCUUUUUUAGUCCUUUCAUUUCCUGUCGUGGUUGAUAGGGAUGAUGAAUGCAUUCCUCUGAUACACAUAGCUGUCAACGUUUCCCUUUUCUUGCGAGAAAUCCUAUUCGGAAUAAGGGAAUUUCCCUUAAAAAAAGGGAAACGUUGCCAGCUGUGCUGAUACAGCAUUCAGUCUCCUUAGUUUUUCACCACCCUUCCUCAUGAAAGCUCGUUUGGCUCUUCAUUGCAGCCCUGAACAAAGGUUCUCUGACCACAUCAAAGAUGAGAAGAGCUCUGAGUUUCCGCAGAGGUUUAUCCUCAAACGAGAUGACGCCAGCAUUGAUCGAGAUGAUAAUCAGGUGAGAGAGGUGCCUCUCACACUCCUUAAGUCUUUGUGUGAUGCGAACGCCAAGGGCUCUCUUGGGGCUUAUGUGCACAAACGUAGCAGUUGUUCUGCACUAGGUGUCCAGUUCUCUUUAUAGAGCCCUCAAACAAAGGGGGAAAACAAAUUUGCUGAGGUGUCCUAUCGUUGCAUACAGAUCAGUGCACCAUACGGGAACUAUGGGAAAUUCAACAGCUUACAGAGCUGUGUAAAAAACUGGGGUCCUUGGGGACUUAGAAGAAGUUGGAUUUGAGGUGGGUAGCCUGCUGGUUGAUAGUUGUUGCUGAUUUGCUGAGGAAGGGCACUGUAGAAAAACAAUGUAGUAAGUAAAAUUUUCAUUGCACAGGAGUAUAGGAAAAUACCUCACACCAUCUAGUCCAGUAUGAUCCAUUUAAUCUGAUUUGUUCUGCUCUGACUGGCAGCAGCACUCUUCCUUACCACUUGUUACUUGGUCCUUUUAAUUCGAGAUGACAAGACUGACACUGGGACCUUUUGCAUACACAGCACGUACUCUGCCACUGAGUUUUUCUACAGACAUGCAAGAGAGCCUGACAGCUGCCUUGUUGCUUUGCCACAUUUUAAAGUCAUCACCAUGGUAAAACCAUAGUCCAGGAUGAGGGAAGACACAUAACAAAUCAGCAAGGUGUGAUGGUCAGCACACAGAAUUGAAACUGGGAGUUUUCCAGUGUUGUUUCAAAUUCAGCCUCAACAAUUGGCCUUGUGCAGGCCUUUAUCCAUGUAAAGUACCCUUAACAGAAAGCCAACAAAUGACUAGGUCUACAGGCUUUAGCUGGUUUAACUGAAUUAACCAAAACUUCACUUGAUUAAGUCAUUGGUAAGGACCAAUCUUCACUGCUGGGGCUAAGAGUUAAGAGCAACUUUUGUUUUUCAAGGUUUAUUUUUGUUCAGGUAUGCUAUCCGAAUAGUGAAUGGAGAAGUAAAUAAUAUUUUAACGUUGGCCUUUCCUCCUAACAAAGAGGGGUAACUUUUAAUGUAAAUGGGGAGGCAACAGAUGUCACGAUGGAAGUAGUGCAGUUUGCAUUAUCACCUUUUUGUUUAGGUGUGCCUACCUGUGGUGUGGACUCCAUGUUUCAGAACAGUGGGAAUUGAUUGAUGUUGGCUGAUUGUGAUACUUGGAAGCAAAAUAAUUCCCAUUUGUACUUUUCAGCAGCAGUGACAUCUUACACAGAAUUUCCUAAGUUAACUCACUCAGCUCUCUGGAAGUGAUGCUCUUAGUUCAAAAGGAAGAGUUGUGCCAAAUGAAAUGUGCCUCUGGAAUGCACAAUUUAGGUAGCAAAUCUGUGCACCAUAGCAUUGUGUCAAUGUGAUCCCCCCACAUGCUUAUAGUGUUCAUAAAUCAAUUAUUCACUGCAUACUUUUCCUUGCUGCUGUGGUGAAUGUAUACUAAGGUCUUAACUAAGGUAAAUUCUGUUUGUCAAUCUAGAUCAGAAUCCCACUGCAAGAUGGACGGAGGAGUAAAUCCAUAGAAGAGCGAGAGGAGGAGUAUCAAAGGGUUAGAGAACGCAUAUUUGCACGAGAGGUGAGCAUGAACACCAUUUUAAAAAAUCCUACUCCUACAUGAUCUUCUAUUCUAGUUGUCUAGGUUCAUGCCUAUUUAGCUUCAGCAGUGUUGUAGCAUUGAGUAUCCACAAACAAUUCGCGGGCUCAUAGAAAUAUAUACUUAAUGAAGCUGUCUUUUUCAUUAGGUUUCUCUCAUGCAUUACCAUGAGUUCUAAUCUGAUUUUAAACAGUUUAUCCUUUUCCUAUCCAGUCACCAAGAAAAGGUUCUACAGUCCAGCACUGUCAACAUUUGCCUUCAAUCAGGGCUGUGGAUAUCGUUGCUGCUGUAUGCAGAAGUUGUUAAACAUUCUGUUUAUUCAUUUUACAAUCAUCUUGUGUUGAUUUACUAUCAGUACUUCAUGGAUUUAAAGGAAUUUGGUGCUUGCAAAUGCUGAGCAGUUAGGCAUACCAACCAUGUUGAGCAAGGAGGUUGAAAUUCAUUUUGAAUGGUCCAUACUGAAUUAACAUUACUUAACUAAAUGGUUAACAAAAGGGGGUGGGAUUUGGACGCACCCUCUGCUGGGUGACCAUCAUGGAUCCAAAAAGAAUGUACGUAAUCAAAGGAAGCUGUUUUACAAUGAUAUUUUAAACCUCAGAAAUACAAGUUAGUUGCUCUAGCUUAAAAAAAUAAUAAUCCACAAUUUCCCCCCACUCUUGUAUAAACUCUAUUGUUUUACUACACCCUUAGAGCUCAGAUGGUCAACCAAAGCAGGCAAACUCCAAUGUAACUCCACAGUAACUGGGCCAUUGGGAGCCAAAGGGGCCCCCAGUCUUCUGCUAACACCAUCAGACCAAAAAAAUCAGUAGCAUCAGGGAAGUGAGGACAAGCAGGGAGAGCAAAAAUGAAGGGGGCUGAACUGUCAAGAUGGUUAACCUUUUGGUUGUAAACUGCUUGUUCCUUAUUUUUAGGGAGAAACAAAUAUCUCAUUUUUAAUAGUAAUUGGGUGUUUUUAACUAUAUAAGUUCUACGUAAAAAUGUGUGUCUUGAGCUGUACGUAUAAAUCAAAUUACAGAUCUCCCCAGGUCAGUGAGCAUACUUACAUUUCAGUUGGAGACUAGUUAUUGGGGUGGGGGUGGGGUGGGGAGCAGGAAGCAAAGAGGUAGGGGGAAUAUCCAAUAUUUUUAUGUCCAGUAGUUUAUAGCCCAACACUUUUUGGAAUUCCCCAGGGAAUUCCAAAAUGCAGAAGCUCAGUCUUUUGUUAUGCUGUCUCCCCUUUUACUAUAGAAAGUAGAGACAGCAUAACAAAAGACUGAGCUUCUGCAUUUUGAAAUUCCCUGAACUAUUAUGAAGCAAGCCAAUUUAGGCCUAUGGUGGAAUUGACGUCAUCCAAUAAGAGAAUCCAGUUGUCAACAUGGGAUAUAGCAAUUGAUAAUGUUCCUGUAAGGGCAUUAGAAUUAAUGAAAAAUAAGCUUUGAUCAAUGAGUUGGUUUACCAUCAUUUUGAAUAUGGGAAAAUUUGGUCACAUUAUAGGACCCACCUAUAAUUCUGAUACAACGUAAUCCUUUAUUUCAAAAUAAAAACAGAUCAUAUAAUGGAAAGAAAACCAUUUAUAAUACUUUAAAGAUUAUUAUAGUAAGGGGCAACCUCUUACAGUAGGAGAGAUGUAAAUAGGUUUAGAAAAUAAUAAAAUUUCAUGGAUGUUAGGAUAUUGUUUAAGAUAAUUUAUUACAAAUAAACAAAUAAAAAAUGAUGCCACAAGCAAACAGAAUAUAAAUAGAUUUUUAUAUAAGAUUUAUAUAUAUAUGUAAUAAGAGAUAGUAUAAUGACUAAGAGAUAAAUUUCCCUUUUAUACAGAACCCUUAUUGAGAACCAAUUUUGCCCUCAGCAAAAUCUAAAAAGUUGGUGGGAACUAAAUUGGGAUAUACAUUGAGGAUAAGUGGAACAAUUUAUAGACAAAAAACACCAUAUAAAACAGUGUCAGCAACUACUAUGGCACUUUCACUCAAAAUUGUGCAUGGAUGGUAUUUAACACUGAGGUGUUAAAUUAUGCUGAAGAAGAUGCCAAGUUAUAGGUACAUACUUAACAACAACAACAACAACAACAACAACAACAACUGUAUUAUUUAUAUCCUGCCCAUCUGGCUAGGUUUCCCCAGCCACUCUGGGCAGCUUACAGAACAUAUAAAAACAUAGUAAAAUGUUUAAAACAUUAAAAACUUCCCAAUACAGAGCUGCAUUCAGAUGUCUUCUAAAAGUUGUGUAGUUCUUUAUUUUCUUAACAUCUAAUGGGAGAGUGUUCCACAGGGAGGGCGCCACUACCAAGAAGGCUCUCUGCCUGGUUCCCUGUAACUUCACUUUUCGCCAUGAGGGAACCGCUAGAAGACCCCUGGAGUGACUGGGCUGCAGCUGUUUAGGGCUUUAUAGGUCAGCACCAACACUUCGAAUUGUGCUCAGAAACAUACUGGCAGCCAGUGAAGAUUCUUUAGGACCGGUGUUAAUGGUCCAGGCAGCUGCUCCCAGUCGCCCGUCUAUCUGCCACAUUCUGUAUUAGUUAUAGUUUCUGAGUCACCUUCAAAGGUAGCCCCAUGUAGAGCGCAUUGCAGUAGUCCAAGCGGGAGAUAACCAGAGCAUGCACCACUCUGGUGAGACAGUCUGUAGGCAAGUAGGGUCUCAGCUGCCGUACCAGAUGGAGUUGGUCGACAGCUAACCUGGACACAAUUGACCUGUGCCUCCAUGGACAGCUGUGAAUCCAAAAUGACUCCCAGGCUGCACAUCUGGUCCUUCAAGAACACAGUUACCCCAUUCAGGACCAGGGAGUCCUCCACCUCCACCCACCCCCUGUCCCCCAAAACAGUACUUCUGUCUUGUCAAGAUUCAACCUCAAUCUGUUAGCCGCCAUCCAUCCUCCAACUGGCUCUAGACACUCACACAAGACAUUCGUUGCCUUCACUGGUUCUGAUUUAAAAGAGAGGUAGAGUUGGGUAUUAUCUGCAUACCCAGCCCAACCCCUUGAUGAUCUCUCCCAGAAGCUUCAUAUAGAUCAGGGAUGUCCAUCCGGUCGACCGUGAUUGACAGGUUGAUCCCCAGGUGAAAGCCGGGUGGGGAGCAUCCGGCUUCGCCCCCUCGCUCUGUCCUUCAUUUGUGCACGAUUGCAAAAACGGAAGACAGAGCUAUAGCUGCAGGUUUACUACCUGGUUAGGGAUUUUUUUGCUCGUCCCCCCCCCCCAAAUCGGCAGAACCAUUGCGUUCCUUGCUAAAAAAAGCUGCUCAACCACUUUACCCCCCCCCCAUGGGUAGAUCACUGCUAGUUUUUUUUUUCCUGGGAGUAGAUCGCAGUCUCACGGGAGUUUGAUGUCCCUGAUAUAGAUGUUGAAAAGCAUGAGGGAGAGGACGGAGCCCUGAAGCACCCCACAAGUGAGAGCCAUGGGGUCUGAACACUCAACCCCAAAAACCAUUUUCUGUACACAGCCCAGGAGGAAGGGGUGGAACCACUGCUUAACAGUGCCCCCACCCAGCUCCGAACUACUCUAGAUGGUUCAGAAGGAUACCAUGGUCAAUAGUAUCAAAAGCCGCUGAGAGAUUCAGCAGAACUAGAAAACUGGUGGAAAUAUCCACAAAUGUCCACAAAUAGAACUAUUUUGGAAGGAAGUUUUUAAAGAGAUACCUCAGAUUACAGCUCAGACAAUCCCAUUAACUUCGUCUUUAGCCUUACUUAACUUACAUACUUCAGAUAAAAACCAAUCAAGAAGUAAGGAAUUAAUUAUACAUUUAUGAACAGUUGCUAGAACAGUAACAGACAGAACUUGGAAAACCUUGCAAUUAAUGAAUAUUGGCAAACAGCCAAAAUGGAAAUGUUGUUGCAAAAAUUGAAGAUGGCAAGGAUAUAGGGAAAAAAGGAGAUAAUUUUUAUACUGUGUGGUAUGAUUCUAUGAUUUUAUUAAAUAUUCAAAUGAAACAACACAUGGAUGAGAAAUACCUGCAACAUAUAUUACAAUAUAGUAUAAGCUGGCACUACUCAUUAGCUCACUCCUAUUAUUCUGUGUUUUCCAAACUGAUUGGUUGAAGAAUUAAUUGAACUGAUUUACUGUAAUCACUGUAAAACAAUAUACGUAGUGACCCAUUUUUUCAGCAGUGUUAUACUUUAUGAUUUACGUCUGUACAAUUUUGUAACAGAAAAAGGUUAAAAAAAAAGAAAUUUCUGAUGAAGGACCUGAUAGAUCCAAAACAUAUUGGAUUAUAAAUUAUUGGAUAUAAAAUAAUUUAUUCUACCCCUUUGCUUUUGCUUCCUGCUCCCCUCCCCCUUUGCAUGGGGUUUCCCUCUUUUAUUGCACUUAGUUGCAAUUAUAGGAAUAUUUUAGCAGGGGAUCUUGAACUCCUUUCUUUUUGAGUGCCUAGAUGCCCCUUGAUUUCAGCUUGCCAGGACAAAUAUCUUAUGAGAGCUGUUCUUUUUGUUUCCAUUUCAAAUUGUGUGGCUCUGUCUGCUGGUAGUCUGGCCAGAACGGAUUCCUGAACGACAGCAGGUUAGUACAACUCAUGCAUGCAUGCUUCCUUCCAUCUUCAGGCUUUCUUAAGGGAGAGAGGAUCUUGAAACUCCAUAACAAUGCUUUUCUUUGAUGUUAACCAACAGACUCUCCAAAGAAGGCUUUUCUUCUAGCUCUCACAAAAGGCGGCAGAUCUUUAGGUACCUCUGUGUGAUUUCUUGCAUACAUUUGUCUUGCAGAGCAAAUUUGCACCAUGCAUGGCUGCUUGUGGAGUCCUUCAAAUUGUCUCAUCUUUUGUAACAUCACUUUGUGUCCAACCUCUCCCACACACAUGCAAACACAGAUAAAACUAAAACACUGGUGUAUUCAAAAGAUUGCUGGUGUGCAAGCGCAUAUACUUAAGAAGUAAGUUCCACUUAUUUCAUUGUAGCUCACUUUCAAGUAAGUGAGCUUAGAACUGCAGUUUUAUGGAGGCUAGGCAUGGGGACUGGAUGCAAGAACUGGGAAUAUUUCAAUCUGGAUCCAGCCAUCUUCACCAUGCAUUGAACCUUUACGAGAAUAGAGUCUUGCAUAAUCUCAUGGAACAUUUGGCUGUCUUUAAUCCAAGGAUGGGGAACCUGUGGUCUUCCCAGAUGCUGUUAGACCGCAAUUCCCAUCAUCCCUAACUCAUGAGCCACAAGUUCUCCAUCCUUUUUUUAACUUUGUUGUGAGAUUCAUUUUCUCUUUGAAUUACUUGUGGGUAAAUAAAGGCAGGGAUGCGGGUGGCGCUGUGGUCUAAACCACAGAGCCUAGGGCCUGCCCAUCAGAAGGUUGGUGGUUCGAAUCCCCACAACGGGUUGAGCUCCCGUUGCUCAGUCUCUGCUCCUGCCAACCUAGCAGUUCGAAAGUACGCCAAAAGUGCAAGUACUGGACUUAACGGUCAGGGGUCCUCUUUACCCCUUAAAUAAAGACAGCAAGACAUUCUAUGUUAGCAGAGCAUCUGAAUGAGCAAUCUUUUAUUGGGGGGGGGGCGGUAAUCAGAGUUUUCCCUAAACUGCAGCUGCUUAGACAGAAAAGAGCUCAAGAUCUACCUCUUGUUCUCUCCUAAUGCUGCAAACUGAUAAAAAUGGCUUUUCAGUGGGGUAGAUAUUAAAAAGAUGUGAAAGUUACUUAAUUCUCCAUUCAUCCUUCUGUACAACAAUAUGUUAUCAGGGGCUAGCUUAACAUGAAAGUAAUUUAAAAUGCUCCUAGGUAAAGGAAUGUCAGGGCACAUUUCUUGAUCAGUAUCAACAGAGCUCCUACUUUUCUGGCCACAGAACAAGAGGCAAUUCAAUGCAAUAUUUUAAAAAUCUUAAUGAUCCCUUGAGGUCGAACUAUCCUUAUGUAGCAUCACUCAGACUGUGCCCCAUGGAUCAGACUUCCUCCUUUGCUGCCCUUAAUGUAUGUGCAAAUCUAACUAAAGCAAGAGCUCAGCACAGAUAAGGGGUUCAUGUACAGGCAUAGCAGCUCCCCUUCAAGUGGAAGGAUGCAGCUAAGAACAUGCUCCAGGGGAUGUUGCUCAGCAGACAGUUUAGUGUUGAAAAUUUUAGAACUUCUCCCCUCCUUUUCAUUUCCAGUUCUGGUCUACAGUGGCUUAUAUGCAAUUGGCCAUUGUAGGGACAGACAUUUCUUCACCUCAUAGCUUUUCAGCCAACUGGAGUCCAACCUAGCCAUUUUUACAUCUAAGAAACAAAACCUCAUACUCGCGUCAUAUGUUCUUCCUGAUGCACUGUCGUGCCACUAAAUUUCCAAAUAUCUUAAAACACUGUACCAUACAAUGGUUGGAGAUGAAACCAGCUAGGCAGGUGUGUGUGUGUGACUCUGGACUUAAAUUUUAUCAUUAAUAAAAUAAUUCAGGACCUGGUCCAUGAUGUAAAUAUUGUUAAAUUGAUUGGAGACAGUGCCUAAAUUGCUGUCAUGUUCAACAUAUACAUAAGUGGACAAUUGCAAAAGAAAUCCAACACAGUUACAUUUUACUUCAAAAGAGGAAACUUCCCCAAAAGCAGGUGAUUGGUAAAAAAGAAGUUGAGAGGAAAAGUAAAGAGUCAGAUCUCUUUGGAAUGCUUGAGAAUUAAUAAUAAUAAUUUAUUAAUCAUCAUCAUACCCCACCCCUCUGGCUGGGUUUCCCGAGCCGCUGUGGGUGGCUUACAACAUAUCUAAAAACAUAAUAAAAUUGUUCAAAGCAGCAAUAAUAGAAAUUCAGCUAGAAUGUAUAUCCCAAUUUAGGAAAAGUACCACUAGGGUCAGGAGGAUUCUGGCUUGCUUAACAAGCAGCAUCAAGGAAGAAGACUUUAGAAAAUGAAAGUCUUGUCCAAAUGAGGAGAACAAAACAAGAAAAUAACUGAGAAAUGCAAGCCGACAGUACAGAAUGCAAAAAAAUAAAUCACUAAAUGACAACAAAUGCAAUUAGAAGUGGGAACUUGGCCAGGGCGGUGGUUGGAUCUUUGGACAACAAGGGAGUAAGAGAGUGCUAAAGUAACUGAAUGAAUUAUUGCACCUGUCUUCACAGUGGAAGAUGUAGGACAGGUCUCUGUGCCUGAAUUAACUUUCUAUCAAACUCAUUAUAGGAAUCAUGUUAAGUGUGCAAAUAAACUACCUGUUAACUUGUUCAUUCAACAUUUCCUGAUCUGACUGAGCCCUUCCUGCCCAAGUACUCAAUACAACACUGGGCAAAACUGUGUGUAUGUGUCUAGAGGAGUGUCACAGUAGUUAACCACGAUUCCAUCUGUGUUAGCAGGAAGCCAGUCAAGCUGGGAGACAGAUGCAGGCUGGUGUACCUGAUAUUCAUUUACAUUAUUAGAUUUUUUAGCUGCCCCUUACCAUAAGGUCCCAGGUGUGUAACAGUAAUAUUACAAUUACAAAACAUAUUACAAUUAUAAAACAGUCACAACCACAAAACAAGAAAAGUUUAAAAACAGUUCCGUUCCAUACAGUUCUUUUUUUCUAGAAAAAUAGGUGCCGCUACUCACCAUGAGGUUGUUCCCGUAAGUGCUACACUUUUUAGCAACAAUUGGGGGGGGGCAGUACUGCGUACCCUUGAGAACCCCCUGAGGAAAAAAGCACUGUUUCCAUAUAUAAAAACCAUUACCAACAUUUAAAACUAUUCCACAUGUUAAAAGAAUUAAAAUAGUUCUCAUACAGAUGCAGACUGAUACUUAGCCAGAAAUAGAGAAUAGGGAUGCUGCUGGUGUAUCAUCCAUCCUGCUGCCCAGUAGCCUCCCUGAACUGGCAGAUGCAGAUUCUGGUGUGGUUUUGUAGAACCCUAGUAUGCUGGUCAUGAAGGACUUCAGUGUCCAUAUGGAAGCUGUCCUGUUGGAAAUCAGUUUAGGACUUCAUGGCUGCCAUGACAAUCAGAGGGUUGUCUCAAAUCAUCAGUAGUCCAACACAGAACGUGGGCCAUAUAUUUAGUCUGAUUGUUGUUGUUGUUUUGGUUACGGAAUGGGUUGGGAGUGAUUCCGUGGUGAUCAGAGGUUGUCUUAUCACCUUCUUAUGGAUAGAUCACUCCCUUGUGAAGUUUAAGCGGCUGGUUUUCUGCAGGGGUGGGAGAGAUUUGAGUAUGGUCUGCCCCUGGAGACCUAUAGAAUAUGAAAUAUUCUUGAAUGGUCCGGGGAAUUUUCCAGCUGGCAUUGCUGCUGCUGUUGUUGAGGCCCUUGCUCUGCUUGCGGCAUGGUGAGAUGUAGAGAGCCAUCAACAUGAUUGUGUCCUCUUUAGGUCCAUGGGAGCUGGAAAGCCCCUUGAUUUUCUGCGGAGCUCUGGGCUAUGAAAAGGACUGGUAGAUGGCUAGAACGGAGGUGGUGCAAAACUAGGGACAAAUAGGGCCAAGUUAGAGCACAUGAUCGUGCCUGGAGGAGAGCUCAACACUCCAAACCUGAGAGCACUGUGCUGGCUCCUGGUGAGCUUCUGGGAUCAAUUUAACAUGUUGGUGCUCAUAUACAAAGCACAAAAUUACUAGGGAGCCAGCGCUUGAAGAAUCACCUCCCUCCAUAUGUCCCUGCCUCAACACACACUUUAAAAUUAGAGAGAGAGGGGGCCCUCUUCACAUCACUACUGUUGUGGCUGGCAAAGACAGGGCUUUCUCCAUGGCAGCACCUCGUCUCUGGGACUCCCUCCUGGGGAGAUUAGGCAGUCCCCUUUCCUGGCCAUGUUCAGGCAGAAUUUAAAGGCAUUUUUAUUUGUGCAGUCCUUUGGAAGGGAGUACGGACAUCCAAAUACCAUAGAUGUUCAAAUAUUUGUUUGUUUAAUGUUGUUAGCUGCCCAUGCCAUCUUUUCAGGAAAGAAGGGAGGGAUAUAAAUUUAGUCACAGAAUAAACAAAUUUAGCCUCAAAGCCAAAUACAUCAUUUAUUUUCGAAGUGCUUAGCAUGGGGGUCCUUUUGGUUGAGCUCUAUUCUCAGAGGACUAAACAUCUCUGAUCACAGGCAUCCCUUUCUGCUCUUUUUACAUAUACCGCUCUGUAACUCUGCAAUGAAGUAGCUUCCUUCUCUAUUAUCUAUCCUGUUCUUCUGAAAUGUUCUACAAUUUCCUUUAUCUUCUCAUGCCAGACAGACAGCCAUUGAUGUUUUCUUCUUUCUACUGGAUUCACAGUGGCUUCUACUUUCUCCUUGUCUCAUAAUGAGAGACAGGUCCCAUGUUUUGUUUUGAGGCAUUUUUGAAAAUGAUGUGUGCCAGGAGCAGGAUAGGUGUGCUACAUUGGAGAACUUCCAAAUAAAUGUAUCUCGGAAGGGAAGAUCCCACAUUUGCUGGGGCCUUAGGCUGCUUGCUUAAUGGUUAAUCUGGUCCAGGCCUGCUGUUCAUCUGCUGUCUGAUCAGAAAGAGAUACCAAGACCAUUCAGAUUCUUUUCCUUGCCUGAUCUGUAUCUUAGGAGGUCAAGGUGCCUUUUAGAUCUCUGUUUCUGGGUAGGCCUUGAGCAGCUACGAUACAGACCAUUCUACACAUAUGGCAGCCCACAUUGCCAGGAGCUGCCUGUAAAACUCACCAGCCUCCAUGCUAAUUCAUGUGAUGGGUGGUAUUCGCUGAGCUGGUCCUUCUCAGUGUAGCUACUUGUGCUUGUCUUGUCUGUACUUCUAACACAAACAACACAUUGAUGCCUUGAAUGUCCAGACAUGCUGUACCUUUCCAGCUCUCAGUGGCGUUAACCGCUGUCAUCUCUGCUGCAGGGGUAACCGGGAUGGGCUCAGCCGGGCCUCGGGCAGCCGCCAGAGCAGCACCGAGAGCGAUCUGAAGUCACUUGAGCCCAGGCCUUGGAGCAGCACAGACUCAGAUGGCUCUACCCGCAAUCUACGUCCUCCUGUCACCAAAGCUAGCAGCUUUAGCGGCAUUUCCAUUUUGACACGAGGAGACAGCAUCGGUGGCAUCGGCAAAGGAAGCAGUGCCAGCAGGACUAUCAGGCCAGGUAUCACUUCCCUCUUUACUGCCCCCAUUCCGUUAGAAUGAGAGAAAACCUUGUGGCUUGUGGUGAGUCCAUUUUGGGCAAUCCAGGAUUAAAACUAGUUGUCGCCCAAUAAAGAACUGGAGGUAGCUUUCUUGUUGUCACUGGAGAGAUGGACAGGGGCCUUCAGCUCAUUCUUUGCUGCACCUGUGCUACUCUGCAACUAUAUAGACAGAAGACCUGAAAAACAUCCUGCGAGAGAGGAGGAUAGAGCUCAGUGAGGUAUGUGGUCAGCUUGGAGUGGGGUAGCAAAUGUGCUAGCAGUGAAAACUGGGGAGGAAACGAGAGGAAACAGAUUGGUAGCGAAGAUUGUCCCAUUCCAGAAAUAAACCCAGAUGACUCUGCAGAUUUCUAAGCCCUGGGUGCAUGCUAAUCCUACCUAGUGAGUUCAGUCAUCUUCAUGUCAUUGGGCUCAGUGACAAAACCAUUGAUUUCAACCAGGUUAGAAUUACACCUGGAUUUGACAACAAAUUGCUUGUGAUCCAUGUAUGAUUGUUUCAUGAUUCCUCCCUUCUAGCCACCAUCCCAGGGAUUGACCAUAAAUUAACUUUUGAGUCUGUCAGCAAUAUAUACGGGAGGAAGAACUAAUGCCACAUGCUGACAGACUCAAAAGUUAAUUUAUGGUUUUAAUGUUGUAUGCUUUUGUUUUGUAAGCUGCUUUGUGGCUUUGGUGAAAAGCAAUAUGUAAAAAGAUCCUAUAGGCAAAGUUGCAAAGGCAAGGCCAAGGAAGUGCAAUUCUAGUUUUAGUUCUCAUGUUUCCUAACUUGAUUGUUCCUCUGCAUAAUGAUGCAUUUUUUAUUUAACUAACUGCAGAAAUGAGUCUCCUUUUUAUGAAGGCAACCAAAACACUUUGGAGUUUAAUUAAAUGAUAAUUGCACCUUAUUGACCCUGCCUCUUGCAUUCUUUCCUAUUUUCAGAACUUAAGAAGACUGAGAAAUGUAAUAAUUUUGAUAUGGGCCAGAAUGAUAAAAACUCAAAGCUUCAAGACCAUUUGCUUUCCCCUUCCAUCCAUUCAUCACCAUCCCAUCUAAGUUUGUUGCUAGUAGUAAUUUCCUCAUAGUUCCCCACAUGUGCUUUUAAAAUUUCAUUUUAUUGAUUUCUAUGCUGCAUUCUCUCUUAACCAAAGUGACAGUCAAAGCAGCAGUUUUCUUUCUCUAAAGAGUUGGCACUGCUGUUGCGGCCUCUAUCCCUCUUCACCCUGAGUUCUUGAAUUGCCCAUAAACCAUUCUGUUUUAUAUACUGGCUGCAAAGCCAAUCUGCAAAAAUAAGAAAGAGGAAAAGCCCUUUGAUUUUAAUGGAGUGUAGAAUGAAUGUGCACCCCAGCAGCAGUCAGCAGGAUGCCACUGGGAGGGCAGCAUUGUUUGCCUGGCUUUCCAUUGCUGAACAUUGCUGCCCCUUACCAAAAGGUGAAGGAUCAAUGUGCUGGGAGCUUAGUGUGGUGCAAGUGUGGCAUCAGAGCCAAUCUGAUGCUCCUGUCACUGUCCGCUCCUUGCCCCCUCCCUCUCUCAGUAAACAGCAGCGAUGCUCUGUGAUGCCCCACCAAUUGCUGUUGUACACCCCUCGGCUUGAUCUUGUCUGGGAUGCCUAGGUCACCUCUGUAAAUGGACACUUACUACCAAGGAGCCUUCUGUUGCCUUUGAGAUUUGGGAGGUCUGGUACUCCCGUUCAAGGCUUGAUGGCACUGCAACCAGUUUGUUUUAGGGAAAGCACUUCUGUGCAGGGUGAGGCGGGACACCUACAAGUCAGAUUAGGUUAUCACUGUGGCAAGUAUAUCUCUCCUUUGCCAUUCAUCAGCAUUGGGAUGCUGUAACUAAUGGAUUUUCAAAUUCUGUACACUCAGUGAGACAGAUGCACACAUGCAGAUGAGUUGCAGAAUUUUUCCUCGCAGUGAUGCUUUUCUACAUAGAACAGUUCUCACAUUUGAAAACAGGUCGCAGUGUAGACUCCUUUUUUACACAGCUGCUUUGUAUGUGACAGUCACAGGGUGUGUGCGUGUGUGCGCAGAAAGGCAGUAGCUUUAGAGAGUACUAUUGUAGUACCUCUCAAGUGAUGACAUCGAGCCAUGCUACAAGUCUCCUCAGUGCUGAUGAGUGCUAAGUGGACACGUGUUUUGGAUGAGUCUGUCAAGGAGCUAUGCCUUCCAUAAGCAACUCAUGUGAAUAGUCCUGGUUCUUUUUCCAUCAGUGGCAGUUGCAUUCAACAAGAAAGAUGGCCAAGGCUGUAUUAGUAACUGUGACCCUGCAUAAUUCUCCUGGAUUGGUGAGGAAUUCAAUCUGCACCCUCAAUUCUGAGGUUCUCCUGUUCUUUUAGUUAGUGCACAAUUCAAUAAUAACUAUAGAUUGUUCCCAUCUUGAGGCAGUUCACAGGCCAAUAAAUCAAGAGAAAUACACAAGUUAUGUGGGCCUUGGAAAAGAAAAUUAUUGACGAAAUGAGCUGUUAGUCCCUUAAUACUAUAAAUUGGGUGGGGGGAAAGUGAUUUUGAAACUAGCAUUUCUACACCAUCAUAAUGGGGAAAACUAAGCAAGGGGAGAUGGAGUGUACCUACUGAAAAUGAAAGAGUAAGAUUUACCAUUUAUAUUGAAGACUGGAGUUUUGAUGGAUAGUGGUCAGGAUGAGGCAAUACAAGAACAAGUAGGUUUCCAUCAACAGUUUCCACCAGCUUUGCAUGCAGAAAGUCCCAGGUUCAAUCCCCAACAAGUCAGAGUAGACCCAGGAUAGAUUCCUGUCUGAAGCCCUGGAGAGCUAUUUCCUCUCAUUACAGAUAAAGCAGAGCUAGCUGAAUCAAUGAUAUAAACUGGUUUCACUCUUCCUAGUGACUAACAACUGGGUUUUCUGGAAAAUUGAGUUUCAUGAUAUUUCUGUCUUGAAAAAAUGCAACAAAAUGAUGAGAGUUGCCUGUCCAAAAUGUUGUAUUUCCCUUCUAAGUUUUUAUGUCAUUCAUGAAACAUAUUAGCUGAUUGAAGGCUUGACAGACAUGGCUAAACAUAGCACUCUUGAAUUCUCUUUUUUAUAUAUAAUUUUAUUUAUAAUUUUCAUUUAUUUACAUUUCAACAAUAGUUCAACAAUAAUUCUAACAUUUCAAACUUCAGCUUCCUUCCUCCUCUUUCUGUGGUUCCUUAAAUUUAUUUUCAUCAUUCCCUGCAUAUUCCAAAUUAUCUUGACUUAUUCUUUUAUUCAUCUCUUCUCAUAUAUGUUUUUGAAGCUUCAAGUUACAAUAAUAAUCCUGCCAGUGUUUUAAUCUGUUUAUAGUUUGUUUGUAAAUAAUCAAUAAACCAUUUCCAUUCCCUUAUAAAAAGUUUGUUGUCCUGAUUUCUUAUUCCUCUGGUAAGUUCUGCCAUUUCUGCGUAAUCCAUUCUGUAGCCAUUCUUCUCUCGUCAAGACUACUACUGCUUUCCAUUUGAGGGCAAAUAACAUUCCUGCAGCUGUAGCUGCAUACAUAAAUUUCGGUACUGUUUAGGUAGUUUUGAUCCUAUAAUUCCCAAGAGAAAAUGCCACAAAAUGGUGAGAGUUGCCUGUCCAAAAUGUUGUAUUUACCUUCAAAGUUUUUGUGUCUUUCAUGAAAAAUAUCAGCUGAUUUAAGGCUUGACAGGAGUGGCUAAACAUAGCACCAUUGAAUUCUCAUUCAUGCCCAGAUCUGAAUGUACCAUCAGUUGAACUGUAUUGUAUUGAACUUCCUGUAUUGCACCACUGACAUUAUCCAAGUGUUGUUGUUUUUUUGAUUGGUGGAAUCUAUUCCCUCCCAAACUCUUCAGAAUUACUUGGUUCUACUUUUGUUUUCCCACCAUUCCAUAUAACAUGUGAGUACUUUAAUCCACCCCACCCCAUUCCCUCAGAAUUCUGUGCUGGGAGGAUAAUUUCCUAAGUUAAUUUGUUAAGUUGUCAAGAUCUGAGUUUCCAAAUAACUUUAAUUUUGUGUGUGAGUUUUGUCCAGGGAAUAAAAAGAGGGAAGGUUAUGGAGGGGGCCCUGAGCAUUUUCCAUUACAGCUUCCCUUCCCCCUGCCCCACUUCUCCAGCAACUGUAAAUGUUGCUCCAUCUCUCUGACUUCUGAGAUGUCAUCAGAUAAUACGGAUUAUUAUUUUUUAUUAGCUGUAUAAUCCAAUGACUAAAGGAGAGGGAGAAAGCAGGCAGAAAUUCUUAGGAUGCUGAAUUGAUCACCAGCUACCAACCUUUGCACUCAGGUGACAACCUUCCAGUUAGCCAAAAAAUACAGCUCUCUGCUUAUACAUCUUAAUUAUAUGAAAAACAUAUUGUUCUAUUUUCCCAGUCAAGUCGGCAUGGAAGGAAUUGCAGUCUCCAGGCUCCCUUCUGUUACUCCGCAGCAUCACCAAGUCAUCUUCCUCUGCACAGAGGGUGGAUGAUGGCUUUACAGAUGUACUAAUUAUUCUUCUUUGGCUCAGAAAUUGGAAUAAUAUCAAUAAAGGGGUGGGUGUGGAACACAGCAGCGUUGUGUCUCCUCUCUCGCUGUUGGGAAUGAUUCAUAUCCAACCAUCCAUGUACUCACCCUGUUUACAAGUAUCUUCCAGUUGAACUUCAGGGACAGGCACUGAAAUGCCCGUAUUUAUUUCUCCUGCCUCUAUCCAUUGUUGCCUGCUCACGGUCACAAUUCUUGCCCCUCCUUUGCUAUGACAGUGUAUUUUGGUAUAAGUGAAACUGGACAAAGAUCUGGUUAUUCAGGGGUAUUAUUUAGGUGGUUUUGUUGGUUUUUGUUGUUGCUGUUAUUGAUAGGAUUUUUUUGUAUAUUUAUAUCUUAUGAUUUAUGUGGAAUUUGUUUAAGUUUUCUUGUGUACUUUUUGAUGCGUUUUAUUUAUUGCUUAUGACUACUUUUGUAAUUUUGUAAUCUUGUAAGCUGCCUUGAGCAUGGCUUCAACUACGGAAAGGCAGCGUACAAAUAAAAUGAUGAUGGUGAUGAUGAUGAUUACAAAGGAUAUCUCUUGAGGUCAAAGUGCUGGCCUUGGGAGAGAAGCAGGCGGGGAGGGGUCAAGUCACAUCUGAAUAGUGCCAUUUUCAAGUCACUUCAUUUUUAUUUUAUUGUUUCUUGUCAUUACUCUUGUCUCUCAUUUGUUCCAAUGCACUUUCCCUCCCCUGCACACCUGCAGUACAUAUUUACAAAGAGCAGGAGCAGAUGAAUAAAACAUGCACUAUGUUGCCGUAAAAUUGCUCAUAAGUAAGAGCAUUGGUUUGUCUUUCUUGGUGGUAAAUCCAAAUAGAGUAGAGAAAAUACGAUAGCCAUCUUCAAGUAUCUAAAGGGCUGUUACAUGGAAGGUGGAGCAAGCUUGUUUUCUCCUGCUCCAGAAGGUAGGACUCAGACAAAUGGCUUCAAGUUAUAAGAAAGGAGAUUCUGACUAACCAUCAGGAAGAAUUUCCUGACAGUAAGAGCUGUUUGAAAAAGGAACAGUCUCCCUCGGGAGGUUGUUGGAUGGCCACCUGCCAGGGAUGCUUUAGUUGAGAUUCCUGCAUUGCAGGGGGCUGGACUCUCGAGGUCCCUUCCAACUCUACUUUUGUGAUUCUACUUGGGAUGUAUAUGGGAAGGCUAAGGCUGCUUCAGACAUAAUGGUUUUAGAAUAUCUCUAUUGUACAAAACAAUGUACAUGUGAAAAAAUAAUGUACAGAAUACAGAACAGACACGUAUUGAGCAUACAUGCCACAAUGAAUCCCCAGCUAGCCAUGAUGCAAUGCAAUUUGUAUCCAUGUAGGAAAACAUGGAUACAUUUCCCCAAUCUAUUAUGUGAAUUAGCUUCUAGCUAUAUAACAACUUCCUGAGACAAAACCCAGAAGUGAGGUCUUUAUUGAGGACCUGAACCAGAUGGCAGUUGCAUCAACUGUUCUUGGCAUUCUUCAGGAGCUAAAGCGUGUAAAGAUGGACACUUAAUGCAGCUACCCUUUCCAAGUUUGCCACAAAGCAGAGCAAUUAACCAGUGUUCUUUAUACUUCUAGUUUCCUUUUGUGCCACAAAUAUUCUUCAGGGGGUGGUCCAAAGGGCACUGUAUUGGGACCUAGGAGAGAUUAGUUCAUUCAGUUAUUUUCAUGGCUGAGUCUGUAAAAAGAUGACCAGAACCCUUUGUAUCCACCUGGAAGAUGGAACUAACAAGUAAAUCCUUUACCUCACAGAGGGUCUGUGGGAGUAAACACCAGCUAAUGCCCGAAAUUGCUCAGAUGCAGCUGUGAUGAUUGUCCAGCUGCUACAGAGAAGGCGGAUAUAUUUUGAAAGUCUUCCUGUAAGUGCAGGGAAGUUCAGGCUCCAUUUGCCUAGCAUAUUAACUUAAGAAAAUCUGGUUACCUUGGAAUUUUAUAUGCAUUUAUUCAUAACAGAAAUGCACACAGCAGCUCACAAGAACAGCAGAACCCAGACAUCAGUGCACCAAAGUGAAAUAGGCUAAGAGAAGUAGGGUGUUGUGCACCAAGGCUUCAACUGAGCCAUGGCUCUGUACUGAAUCUGUUGUAGAAAUGCCUAGCCAGGCCAAUGACAAAGGUGCCCCUGACCAUGUGCGGAGUCAUUUUUGUAUACAUCAAGGAUUUUCCGUCCUUACGGUAUUUCUUCUAGCCAGGCUUGAACCCUCACACCUCUCCUUUCAGAAGUAAUGCACAUUUUUUGUUAACAUCUGUUGUGUGCAUUUUGUUUCCUUGUGAAGGUCUGUCACUAAGUACCCCAGAAGCCUGCAGCCAAGUCUCCUCUGCUCAGCCUGGCCAAGGACUCUUGCCAUGCGCUGCUCAGCAACAACAGCAGCAACAGCAACCACUUCCACCCACACCCCAGCAACAGCCGUCGAUGAGUAAUCACAUCAUAUCACAGGUGAGUCACUGUUCAAUGUCACCUGGUUCUAGGGAAUGUUUUCUUGUUGUUCCAUAGCCAGGAAGCAGAAACAGAAGAAUGUGCCUGAGCAUUCUUACUGCUGCUAGAAAAGGGUUGUUGUUGUUUUAAUUAUCUACACAAACUGUUCUUCUUUAUCUCUCCCUUCCCAUCCAGUCCCAUCAAACUGAUUCUGUCAUGAUAGCAAAACCUGGCUUCCCACAACAUGCAGUUUGGGGCAACAUUGCUUCAGUAGGCCUAAAUCAGGAACGGGGAAACUGUAGCCCUUGAUAUAUAUGUUGGACUGCAGCUCCAACCAUAUCUGACAACUGGUCCUGCUGGCUGGGGCUGAUCAGACUUGGAGAACCACCUGCUCCCCACCACUGGCAUAGGUCCUAAUGUGGCAUUGCAGGGAUGCAGUAGCAUCAACUGCAAAAAGGGUGACUGUAAGGCAGAACUGCUUAGAUUCUGCACUUGCAAAGAAAAAAAGACGCUGAAUUCUGCUCUAAGAACAGUGAAAUAGACGUGUUAAGUUGUGGGUGAACAUAUCAGACGACCCAGCGAUUCUUCAAACAGCUCUUGUUUAUUCAGAGGCCAGAACAGAACUGAACUGAAGGGUUCAGUCAGCCUGCUUAUGUAGAGCUGCAGUACACAUAAUUGUAGCAACUUUCUGAAACUAUCCAAUCACUGAAUCCAAUCACUUUCGAUCCCUUAUUUGCAUAACUAUCUACAGCACGGGUGUCAAACACAUGGCCCGUGGGCCGAAUCUGGCCCGCCAGACCUCGUCAUGUGGCCCGUGUAGCCGCCGCCGGCCGCCAGCCUUCACCUUUUAUUCUCACUUUUUUUUUUUGACACAAGAAAGCCGCCUCUUCAGCGCAUGCGCGGCAGCCUACAAGCCAGAGAACGUCUGCCCUCUAGCGGCGCCAGCCGUUCUACACAGGAAACCUCCACUUUACAUGUCCUUUACAUAGUCCUACAGAUACAACUGGCCCAUUGAGGGUGACCAAACUGCUGAUGCGGCCCCCGAUGAAUUUGAGUUUGACACCCCUGAUCGACAGUAUCCCCCUGUUGGCCCAGGGUGAGAACUUCAGUACAUAACAAGAUGAAUAAUUCAAGCUGGUUCUGCUAGCAAUGAGGAAGGGAAAGGGAGAGAUAAUGAAUCCUUGCUGUCCUCCACCCCGUGCACUAGAAUUCACUCUGGUUUCCUGGAUCUCACCAGCCAUUGCCCAUAUUCAUGUGUAAUUUUGCAAUCACUGCAAAUUCCUCAUUCCAAGGAAAGUUAGUCUUUUUCAGAAUGCUUGAAUACUUGGGAAAAAAAGAAGAAGAAUACCAGACACAAUGUGUGGAAUAGAAUUAUAUCAUUAGGGCACAUUCCUAAUUAGAAAUUAGGAAUUUCUUAAACCGUUAUGUGUGUGUGUGUGAAUGCACACACACAUGCCUAGGUGUGAAGGUUGCAUCAUACAGCGGGGGCAAGCUCUGUCCUGACCUCUUGGAUUGGGCUGACAUUGUUGGCCUCUUCCUGCUGUAAAAAGGGGCGAGGUGAUCAGUGAGAAUCGGCUCAGGGCGUCUUUGGCUUGAAGGGAUCUAAUCAGCCAUAUUUAUUUGGGCUACAAUGUUUCCUAGCUUCAAAACAAAGCCUAAAUUAUAGUUUGAACUUGCCUUGGAAUCCUGGCUUGUUCCAAAGCUGGUUACCAUAGUUUCCCAGUUCAGAUGAGGCAGGACACUGGUUAAGUGAAGACAUCCGUAUUGCGUUCAAGUGUGCUGGAAAGGAGCAAAGGGGCUACACACUCAGGCAAAAUGUCAAUUCAUAUAUUGGCUUAUUCCAUUGAGAUAUAAUCAUUUGAAGCAGCUGAUGUGUUAUUCCCAACCACAAAGAGUAUCUCCCCCCUCAGUUCUUCCCAAGCCUUAUAUUGUAUACAACACUAAUGUCUCACAUCAAAUGUAACUGAUCUGUAGAAAAGACUCUACAACCUGAAAAAAGAGACGAUGAGCGUACUUUUGUAAACCAAGAAAAUCUUUAAUUAAAAUUAUUAUUUUUAAAAUCAAAAACAAAGAGCGUCUUGUGGGGAGAUGCCCUAAAAAGUCUGGUACUGGCCUCUCUUUUUUGGAAGAAACCAAAGAAAACUGGACAGAGGUUCAUCCUAACAAAAUGCUCACAGAUGCGUGUUAAGGUGAUUUGCAUCUGGAAAGCCUUGAAUGUGUGUUUGUGGGGGCUUUGCAGUUCUGCAUGUUCCACAACAGGUCUGCCCCUGCCUCAGCAGAACAAUUUGAGGCAGACACACGAGGCUCUGGCUGUCCUCCUCAGCGGUAGGUUUCACCAAACUGCUCAGUCCUUAGGAACGUGGCCAUCUUCCUGCUCAGUUCCUUCAGUCGCCACAGAGAGCAGCAGGACUGAAAUAUUUGUAGAUCGUUCUUUUCUGUUGCUGCUUGACGUGACAGACCUUUUAAUUUAGCUCAAAUGGAGCAUAAGGUAUAGUUUUAUUUAGUAAUUUUACAAGAAGGAUAGUAAUUUGAAGCAGAAGAAUUGUUGGUUAGACUCACCUUAGCAGGGCCAUGGAAAGAUGUGAAAUUUUGUAUGGGGGAUUUUUUCUGCUGCUUUGGCUACAGUCUUUGCACUCCUACUUGGGAGUAAGGCUGAAUUUAUUGUAACUUACUUUUGAGUAGACCUAUUUAAAAUAGAAUCAUCUUGGCCAAGAAGCAGUAUGUAGACCUCAGCAUUGUUAUGCAGAAAAGGAAGAAACAUCCAUUCACAGGGAAAGCUCAGAAAAAUAACACCUCCAUAACAUAAGGGGUAGUGAUAAAUGACGAUAUUCUGCUAUAUUUUACAAAGUUGUUGAGGCAGUUGAUAUUAUUUCAUCCUCAUACCUAGCAAGUGUCAAAUUAGACAUCCUUAUUUGUUGGUUAGAUUUUAUGUCCUGCUGAAUCCCCGUAAAUAAUAUAUACUUGACAAUAAUCAGAAUCAAUGUCUGAAGGGGGAUUUCCCCCCUUUUCUGACUUGUAGGUCUUCACAUUUCUAACUAGGAGAGGAAACUAAGAUCAUGUAGUUUUUAAACACCAUUAUGUUGUUGUUAAGUGGCAGGGUGACAUUCCUUGCUACUACAAGGGACAGGGGCUACAUUAUGUCCUCCUUGGAGAUCUCAUAGCUGGCAGACAUCUCCUUAGGAGUCCCUUAGCUCCUUUUGUCCUCCCUUGCUUCUGGAAGCAUCCUCAGAGCUUAGUGUUACUAUUUUCCCCUUUGCUUUCUGAUUACUGGAAAACCAAAACAAGCUUGGCUUAUCCAAUUUUGGAUUAAGACUAGUGAAUGGCUAUGUUUGCAUGUCACAAUAUCCAUAGUUUUGUAUGAUGUGAACAAGCCUAUUCAGGCCUUGGGCUCACUCCUGUCUCCUCCAGUGUAGCAUGGGUUCAAUUUUUUUUUUUGCUCUAAACAAAAUUUAAUUAACCACAGGUAUCUGAAGAAGUGUGCAUGGAAAUGAAAGCUUAUACCAAGAACAAACUUAGUUGGUCUCUGCAUCAGACCAACAUGGCUACUUAGCUGAAUAUUAUCCACAAUCUGUCACUUCACGCAACAAACUAUUGUUAAGCAAAACUCCUUCCAGCUGUUCAGGAGGAGGAUAGGGCAUGUGGAGACUAUGUGCACAAGGCUCAUUUAUGUCACUCUAAAUUGUGGUUUACCAUGAUGUGCAAAUAUCCAGUGUGCUCCACCUUGAUGAAUUGUGUAUUUUCCAGAAUUUGCCACCUAGAACAAUAAAAUACUUACUUUACAUUAUUUAUGUGACCAGGACAAAGAUUUUCAUCUUUUUAAAAUCAUAUGCUAUUUUUGUAAAACUUAAAGGUUUUACUUAAACUUAAAGGGACCCCUGACCAUUAGGUCCAGUGGUGGCCGACUCUGGGGUUGUGGCACUCAUCUCGCUUUAUUGGCCGAGGGAGCCGGCGUACAGCUUCCGGGUCAUGUGGCCAGCAUGACUAAGCCGCUUCUGGCGAACCAGAGCAGUGCACGGAAACGCCGUUUACCUUCCUGCCACCUUGAUGAAUUGUGUAUUUUCCAGAAUUUGCCACCUAGAACAAUAAAAUACUUACUUUACAUUAUUUAUGUGACCAGGACAAAGAUUUUCAUCUUUUAAAAAUCAUAUGCUAUUUUUGUAAAACGUAAAGGUUUUACUUAAACUUAAAGGGACCCCUGACCAUUAGGUCCAGUGGUGGCCGACUCUGGGGUUGUGGCGCUCAUCUCGCUUUAUUGGCCGAGGGAGCUUCCGGGUCAUGUGGCCAGCAUGACUAAGCCGCUUCUGGCGAACCAGAGCAGUGCACGGAAACGCCGUUUACCUUCCUGCCAGAGUGGUACCUAUUUAUCUACUUGCACUUUGACAUGCUUUCGAACUGCUAGGUUGGCAGGAUUUGUAAAACUUAGGAGGCAGCUAAAAGCAGAGUCCUGUUUCCUAAUCUUUACAGCCCUGCCAGUUGCAGGGCAGGUUUCUUUUAAGGCUGCAAGGGCUACUAGGCACCUGAAUUGGAAUGCAUGUUGAUGUCAGAGUUCUCAGAAAUUGGUAUUCGGCAUCUUGCUAUUCCUAUUGCCUUUCCCCCUUGGCUGAAGUCUUCCAGAGCUUCUAUUUCUUGGUUUUUCUUUUUCUCUAAAGCAGAUGGAAAGCCAGCUCAGUAGCUGGUGGUAUCUUUUCAGACCUCUUAUGUCUUUAUGUAUAAUAACUAACCUUGUUCUGCCUUUUCUCCCUCUACCCUUGCCCUCUCCUUUCCUCUCCCCCCACCCCCUGCUUCCUUAUGCCUGUUUCUUCCUUUCCUUUCCUUUUCUACUCUUAGCCAGUCCCAGCUCUGCAGCCCUCUCCGCAGCCUGUUCAGUACUCUCCAAGCUCCUGCCCCCAAGUCCUCCUGCCAGUCUCUCCACCCCAGCAGUACAAUAUGGUAUUAAAAACCCAACUUCUUAGAUUUUCUUUCUUUCUUUCUUUCUUUCUUUCUUUCUUUCUUUCUUUCUCUCUCUCUCUCUCUCUCUCUCUCUCUCUCUCUCUUUCUCUCUCUCUCUCUCUCUUUCUCUCUCUCUUUGGCAUAAUAAAGAAUGUGCUGCAUUCCAGUGCUGAUUUUGUUAGCUGCUUGUUCGCUUUGGGUACAUAAUAAAAACAUCACACACACACACACACACACACACACACACACACAAAUACACACACAAAUACUACUACAUAGAAUGAUGAUGGGCUCUGCUUCAACAGGACAGAAUUUCCAUCUCUCAAGUGUGUUCAUGGCUUUUUAUUUAUAAUGCAACAAAUGCACAGUUGUUGCUCAGAUUUUAUAUCGCUCCCAGAUGUCUUUCCUAAAAGAAAGCUCCUGUUACAGUUUCCUAUUGCUCAAAGAGCAAUAUUAUUGUGGAUGGGAAAAUGAAGUGUCUUCCUCAGUCAGCAGGCCUGUUCCACUUGUCUGGAAUGCAGUUGCAUGAAAGUGUUCACUAAUUAAUUUUUGCCACCCAAAUUACUUUUGUGAGAGACCAGCUGAAGGUGAAACACAUUGAACUAACAGGGCAUGUGUACCAAAGGACAUUUUCCUGGUUUUGUAUGAGAUGUGGCCGUAACAGCCACCAGAGGGCAUGGCUGUAAUGUGUUACAGUUGGAUAAACUUGGUUUUGCCCACUGCUAUAUGAUUCCUCAAUUUGCACAGUGCUUUUUCUGAUGAUAUUCCUGCAUACAGGUCAUCAAAUCUGACUGAUAAGGCAGUUGGCAAAUGUGGGGUUAGAACAUUUAGGUCAGUGUUUUUCAAUCGGUGUGCCGUGGCCCCCUGGGGUGCCUUGAAUGAUGGUCAGGGGUGCCGCUGGCAACACUGGCCUCUGUCCCUCUUUCCUUCCCUCCCUCCUCUUAUGCCCUGUCGCGUCUCUGCCUCCCAAAGUCUUGCACAGCUGUUUGUUGCAGCCCUGACUGGCGAUUGGUCCUCUGUGACUGGCCAGGGUGUGCUGGUUGCCAGGAGCUGAGGCGGCCUUGGAGUAAGCUAGCAAGUGGGCGAGGGAGCCCAGCCAGCCAGUCCACUAGCCCUUGCUGUUGGGAAUGAACAGACAAGUCCCAGGCCCCUGUGGGGCAGUGUGAGGAGACACCUCUCUUUGGGGUGGGGUGGGGGCAGCUCAGAGACCAUGGGCAGCAUCAGCAGCUGCCCAAAGGACUCCCAAGGAUUGGGGAGAGGAGAGGAGACUGAGGGAAUACUCCACAAGGGAGGGUGCUCGAAAAGGGUGAGAGGCACCAGCUCUGCAGGCAAGGGGUGACAUAACUGGGCUCCUGAGCCCCACAGCAAGAAUGUAGUUAGGAGCCGUAGACUCAAAAUGGUUGAAAACCUCUGAUUUAGCUGAUGCAAACAGUGUUGAGCUCUGUGAGUCUUAGGCUGCAUCCUAUCUUACUUUCCCUGCGUGCAUGAAUAUUAUGUAGGGGAAAUGAGUUUGGCAAGAUUUCCAGAUUAGCCUGCAAUCAGUACAGUGGUAGUUGAGGUGGAGGAAGAGAAGUCUGCUAUCCAGAUUGUGUGACGCUUGAGUUGUCUUUCUAUGGUGUACCUUGUUUCCUCCUGUUUCUUUCCCACAGCGCAUUGAUGAUUUGGACUGCCUUUGGGGAACUGAUGCUCCAGCAGUUCUGCCUCUUGAUCUUGAGUUAACCAUUUAAAUAUUCAGCAUUUAAAGUAUGGUACAUAAUGAAGGGUUAGUUGGUUUAUGUUCUAUGCACCUCUGCAUAGCUGUCAACUUACAGAUUUGAAAAUAAGGGACCAGCAGCCUCAAAAAUAAGGGAUCAGCAGCCAAAAUAAGGGAUUUUAGGCAGCCAGCUGAAAUACGAAGUUAAAGGGACCAGAUGAUUUGGGAGAGCAGCGCCAGUUUUUAGCCCUUCGUUUCCAGAGGUUGCUGCUCAAGACACCAGCUGAUGAAACACUGCAAUUAAAUAACUACAAGUAGCAACCACUUUUCACGCAAAACAAAGUCCAAGCUACGAAGAUGCUGCUGCAGUUCUGUAUCUUUUCUCUUGGGCUCCAUCUACAGCUCUCAGUUCCAUUAGGUGGGGCGGGAGGAAGGGGGGGGAAAUAGCGCCCGAAGUAAACCCACAGAUCAGACCAUCUAUGCUAGUCUACCACUACAAAUCUAUGGGAGAAGCGCUUAUGGUCCUUCCUCCGCUUUCCCCCUCUAUGGUUAGCCCUUGGAACACCUGUCUGCGCCUCCGCCUCCUCUCUCUGAACUGCUUUCUCUAUGGUUGCCCUCGCUCUCCUCUCAAGGCUCCUCAACAAUUCAUAGGCCAUGCCAGGCUGCCCAUCUCAUCUGGGUCCUUUGGCGACGCAGCCGCAGUACGGCUUAACGGGGGCGGCGGGCAGAGGGGAGGCCCCAGGCAGAGACGCUCAUUUUGGCGGUGGAAGGGCCCGAGGCUCCCGCCAGUCCUGGUGGGGAGGGGCUCCCGGGGGCCAAGGCUGGUGAGAGGAGGCCGGAGGGGGGUGGGCCGGGCAGCCAAGCAACACAGUUGGAGCCUCCCUCCUCCCUGGCUGGCAGGGAGGGAGGGAGGGAGAGGAGCUGCGUCCUUUGAAACCCGGGAAAUUUAAGGGACAUCAUCAAUCCAGGACAGCAGUGGGACACGGCGCUGGGAUAAGGGAGUUUCCCGCCAAAUAAGGGACGGUUGACAGCUAUGCACCUCUGCCAAAGUUCAGUCAGUUUCCUAUGAGAGGCAGGCAGACUUCAGGUACCAUUGAGGACAGCAGGAAGGAGAUCUGGUCACAGUACACUGACAUAUUGAGCCUCGUUGAAAUGAACAAGAGCUGCAGAAGAGCACUUCCACAACUCCUGGUCAUUUCAACCAAAUUUGCACAGGAGAAUUUUAAAUUAACAUUCGUAUGCUGCCCCAUAACCCAAAGUUUUCUGGGCAGCUCACAUGAAAGAUAUAUAAAAACAAUUCAUAUAGAAAUCAAAAACAAACCCUGAAAUCAAAAUCAAAAUAAAUAUGCAAGGAAACUUAAAUUCACCAUAAUCCCCAAGUUAAAACACAGGCCUUAAAACUGAGAGAACCAGACUAUGUUAGUUAUUUGAAAGGUAAAAAGGUAAAGGACCCCUGGACAGUUAAGUCCAGUCAAAGGCAACUAUGAGGUGCGGUGCUCAUCAUGCAGGCCUAGGGAGCUGGCGUUUGUCCACAGACAGCUUUCAGCGUCAUGUUUUCAGCAUGGAGGACCGUGACAAGUGUAAGAGCACAUGGAAACACCAUUUACCUUCGUACCUAUUUAUCUACUUGAACUGGUAUGAUUUCGAACUGCUAGGUUAGCAGAAGCUGGGACAGACCAUGCCACCUAAUACCCUGUUAGCUAAUGGAUGGGUGUGGGCAGCAAGAGGGAUGCCAUCUGUAUUUUACCGCAGCAAAGUGUCAUGAGCCAACUGUGGCAAGAUAGAGAACCUAGUUGUUCUGUCACAAGAUGGUCAAUAUUAUUAUUUUGUUUGUGGAGUGGAAGAGUCAUGCUGUGUCUAGCAGUGGAGAUAUUCAAGAUCAGGAAUGGGUAGCCUUUGGCCCCCCAGAUGACAUUAGUUUGCAACACCCCAUCAGGUCCAGCCUACAUGGCCCAGUGGUCAGGGAUUGUGGACGCUGCAUUCAAGCAACAUCUGGAGGGCACCACAUUGCCUGUCCCUGUUCUAGAUGAUGAUCUUAUAACAGAGAAGAAGAAGAGUUUGGAUUUGAUAUCCCGCCUUUCACUCCCUUUAAGGAGUCUCAAAGCAGCUAACAUUCUCCUUUCCCUUCCUCCCCCACAACAAACACUCUGUGAGGUGAGUGAGGCUGAGAGACUUCAGAGAAGUGUGACUAGCCCAAGGUCACCCAGCAGCUGCAUGUGGAGGAGCGGAGACGCGAACCCGGUUCCCCAGAUUACGAGACUACCACUCCUAACCACUACACCACACUGGCUCACAGAGGCGCCAUACUACAACUUGUUUAGGGUUUAUUGCAUAAUAGUAUGUUUGUUUCACAUAAUGCUUGUUUCCAUUCCAAUAGCAAUAACAUGGAGGAAAUUGCACAUCCAUUGCAUUUAUACAGUCAUGUGACAGGUCUGCGUGCCUACAUGUGUUUGGGGUGGAAAUUGCCAUUGGCAGCUGAUUCCUGCAUCAUGGUAGCAUAGUAAUAAGUAGGGACUCGUCACCUGUGGCAGCACACUCAAAGGAAUCCAUGGUCUCAUACACAGAAGUGAGAUCUUAGUAGGCUUGCCAUAUUUCAAAGAGCAAAAAGGAGGACACAUUUGCCAGGACACAUUUGUAGGUGGGCUGGGAGGGGAAGGGGGGGAGGAGGAGGAAGAAAAAUAGUAGUACGUGUGUGUGUGUGUGUGUGUGUGUGUGUGUGUGUGCAGUAAAAGAUAAAAGGUGUAUUGAAAUGUUUAAUAAUGUUGAUAAAAAAUCAAAAUGAAAGUUAAAAAUAAAAAAUGGGGGGGGGGAUCAUUAAGAGAUGUCAGUGAAAGUAGAAAUAGAAGGGGAGAUAUAGUUAAAAGAAGAAAGGGAUUUUCUUCCCUCCCCCACAGAAAAGGAAGAAAAGAAAAAUGACUAAACAAACCAAAAAAGGGGGGGAGGAUUUUUUAAAAUUAAAAUUUAUUUUUAAAAAUAAGGAUGAGGAUGAUUAUUGCUACGUCUGGAGGUCAGAGCCAUUCCUGAGGGCUAGGGUAGCGUCCUCAACGGGAGGCCCUUGUUGGCUUAGGAUUCCCCUGUGGGCACUGCCAUUUUUGGUCUCCUCUGCACUCACCCACCAAAAAAUAAAAACAAAGAAGCCUCCCUUCCUGCUGGGGGUCCUGCAGGCACCUUUCUUCCCCACUGGGUCCCUUCUGAGCAGCAGCAGCAGCAGGACGACAGAGAGGGAGCUCUGGGUUGCUCACCAUACCCCAUGUCUCUGGCACAGCAGCUGGCAGUCCAAAUGCAUCCUGAGCCGGGCAACUUCGCCGCACUGUGCUUUUGCCUUGCCCAGUGCCCAGAAUGCGCCUCCCAGCUUGCGUGCCAUCCUGCAGAUUUGUCCAGCCUCUCACCACCCCCUCUUCUUCCUCACCUCCCCCCUACCACCAACCCGUGUGGUGUGAUCCCAUUGCUUCAAUGGAUGCAACCACUUGUGGGUCCACUUCAGCCGCCCUUUGCCCACCUCCUGCAGCCAAAAGUCCCCUAGCGGCACCUGACUUGCCACCUUUCCCCCUUGGAGCUGUGGCAUCCUCCUUCCCUUCCACUAUGGGGAGCAGCCAGGUGGGCAAAGGUUGGUGGGAGUCCCACCACGAAAGGAGAGGAGGGAAACACACUCUCUCUCUCACACACACACACACACAGAGAGAGAGAGAGAGAGCGCGCAACGAAGAUCUCCUGGAUGGAGAUUAUAAUGCUGAAAAAGAGGACGUGUCCAGAAAAACCCAGACAUAUGGCAACCGUAGUAUAGGGAAAUUACUUGUUGGCAUCUUUGGUUAAUCCAACCCUGCCUUAGCCCCCUUCUCCAUUCCCACUGAUAUAGGAAUUAGGCAAAUUUUGGCCUGUUUAUUUUACACAAGACGUUAGGUUGCAGUUCUUGGGAAGUCAAAGAGAAGGGGACUUGCCUAUGUAGAGUGACUAAUCCAGAAUGUUAUUUCACUUGCAUUGGUCUGUGUCGUGAAGGGACAAAGCAUUGAGGCACUAAAGUGGUAUGAAGGAUCAUUGGGUAAUCUCUUCCCCCACCCUUCUCGAGUUUCUGCCAAAUUCUCCAAGUGCUGUUUCUUUGGCACAUCUGCCUUUAAGUCAAAUAGUCACUUUCAUUGUUGUUUUUCUUGAUAUUCACACUGUCUAAGAACACUUUUCCUGGGCACUGUGCUAAUUGCUUGAUCCUGUUUUCAGUCAGGAGAGGGAGGGCUGUUGUGGUUCCAUGUACCUGCUGGUGCGAACAACUUGAGGUCACAGUUACUCAGUGCUUCCUUCUCUUGUCCUCUGGCUACAGGCUGAUGAGCUCAGCAACCAUUUUGGGCAGAUCAGCCUCAGCCGCCAGGGUUCCACAGAAGCACCAGAUCCGUCCUCAUCCAUGUUCCAGCCGCCAAUCAUGUCUCAACAUCCUCAGCAGACGGGAUUCAUCAUGGCUUCUCCUGGGCAGCCAAUCACAGCCUCCACCUACUCUGCCUCGGGACACACAGCCCCAGCCCAGCAGGUUCUGCAGCCCCAGAGCUAUAUGCAGCCCCCGCAGCAAGUAAGUGACAGUGUGUGUAUGUGUGAAAGAGAUUCUUAGUGAACAUGAAAUGAUGAUGAGGAGGAGUUGCUAAAAGGGCUGCAGAAAACCAUUCCAAGUAGACCUGAGCUGGGCAGAGCAUUAAGGGUAUCUAAGCAUUGGGUCAAGUUAGCUAGCUUAGGCUUUGAGGGGUAUAUGUCAUGGAAUUCUACUCAAUAAUGAUCCAGAGCAGAACUCCAGUGUAGAGUAAAAACUUAAACACGUUGCAGGAUUCCCAAAAAAUAGACCAGAGGCAAUUAUGUUUCAUCCAGCAGAGCUUUAUUGCUACUGAAGGCAAAUGAGCAAAACGGUCACAAAUCCAAUACAUUCAGGAUUGGCACUGUCCAUAAGAAACCCAGUUGCAGCAGACUUAACUUAAACUUACAAUAAGUUAUAAUAAGACUAAACCUUAACACUAUAUACAGAAUACCACACCAGAAGGAAGAGAGAUAGAAAGAGACAGUCAAACCCAGGGUCCUUCUGGCCUCUUAUUAUAGUCGGCAUGACCUUGACAGAAGAGAUAACAACCAGUUUAAGUCAGCUGUACUCAGCUUCUCUGAAGUAAUAACCCAAACAUUGUUUCUUUCACACAGAGGAGCUUCCAGAACCCUCUAGAAUUAAUUAGAAUAGGAAAGAUCAGAAGAGGAAAAUAGGAUUAGAAUAGGAAACAUCAGAUCAAUACUUUCUGCUGUAAGAAAUGCAAAUGGACAGAACAUUGGGCAGAGUUUUCAGCCUCAUUUGCAAAUAUUGCCUGUGGUGCUCUUGCAGAACAUACUCACUCCACCCCAUCUCCACCUACAAAGCUGCACAGGUGUUACCCAACUAUGAAAGAUGGAAGUUGGAUGUUGCCUAACUAUGAAAUAAUUGAAUUUCCAGAGACUGCUUGUUCUGUUGGUCAAAGCCAUGUUUUUCUUUUCCCUAUCUGUGUAUUCAGUUGAGUUAUAAAAGCCCAGAAAGUGAGAGAUGGUUGUUUUGUUGUUGUUGUUGUUGCUGUUGUUGUUUUGAGGGGUAUAGCAAGAGGCUGUCAUUCUGCAAAUGCUUGUAUGCUUUCUCUUUUGAGGGUUCUCCAAGGAUCCUUGGUUCCUUGUGGCUACUCCUGUGUGUCUGUCUGAACUUCACGUGCUUGUGACCGUGUGUCUCCUGCUGAUGUCCCCUUGAGGCUAACCUUUUGCUGCAACUGGUGUCCUCUUGAGCGGCUUGUCAGUCAGAAGCCCAGAGCUCUGCUACAGUUAUGUCCUUUGUCUUAUUUACUGACUGCUUUUUCCCCCUCCUGACAGAUUCAGGUUUCUUACUACCCACCCGGGCAGUACCCAAACUCUAGCCAGCAAUACCGACCUCUCUCUCACCCGGUGGCCUACAGCCCCCAGCGCAGCCAACAGCUGCCUCAGCAGUCGCAGCAACCUGGUAAGGGGGCGGCACGUGCAGCAUCCAAGAAGGAACAAGUGGGGGCGGCAGCGGCGGGAGAUUAGUGCUCUAGUGCUGUGAGGGAGAUCCAAGCCAGCCUGCCCUUUCUUGGAGCCAAGGGGGAGCUAGCCUAUUUAUAGAGCUCAGGUCAUUGCAUAUUAAAAAUCUUUGCAAGCGUGAAUGUAGCUAGCUGUAAGGCCUAUGUCCCCUUGGGUUAUAGGUAGUUGAGGCUAUUACUGUCCUACUGUCCUUCAAUUUUACAUACAUUUUGACAUAAUUGAUCUAAAACAUAUGUGCACAGAAGGGCUGUAAACUUUGGUGAAUUAAUCAACUAACGCUUGAGUUGAUUGUCAGGAAGUGUUCAUUUAAAGAUUUCUAAGAUUUGAAUCUCUGGUCUACAAUGAAGAUGUGAAUGACAUACAUCUGUGAUCUUCGAAUGAAGGGUAUAAUAAUAAUAAUAAUAAUAAUAAUAAUAAUAAUAAUGUAGAAGUAAAUGACCCCUGGAUGGUUAGGUCCGGUCAAAUGCGACUAUGGGGUUUGUCGCAGACAGAUUUCCAGGCCAUGUGGCCAGCAUGACUAAACUGCUACUGGCACACGGAGGACCAUGACAAGUGCCAGAGCAUAUGGAAACAUGUUUACCUUACCGCCACAGCAGUACCUAUUUAUCUACUUGCACUGGUAUACUUUCAAACUGAUAGGUGGGCAGAAGCUGGGAUAGAGCAAUGGGAACUCACCCCAUCGCGUGGAUUUGAACUGCCGACCUUCUGAUCGGCAAGCUCAAGAGGCUUGGUGGUUUAGACCACAGCACCACCUGCAUGCGUGCGCAUACACAAGAGAUGCAUAUGAAGGGUAAUGAAGGGCUCCUCCUGGGACACCAGUCAUAUAUACUGUUGGCCACCUAAAGUGCUUAAAUAUGAUGGCUGUUUAACCAAAGUGAGACCACUGAGAUGCAAAGGAGGAGGCAAUUGCCAAGUUUGAAGAAGUAGGAAAAAUAUUUAGGGGGGAAACCGAGGGGACAGCUCCCCUCCUUAAAAAACAAAAAACAGGCCAAUGAGGAUUGAGCAUGCUUUAGUGACCACGUAAUGCUGGAGGAGACAGGCAGAUCCCACUGGUAUAAAGUAUUAACCUUCAGCCUCUUGCUCCGAUGCAGGUUUACAGCCAAUCAUGUCCAGCCAGCAGCAGACGUACCAAGGUAUGAUAGGAAUGCAACAAUCACAGGGCCAGAGCCUCCUCAGCAACCAGCGCAGCAACAUGGGUGGCCAGAUGCAAAGCAUGAUGGGUGUGCAGCAGUCUCAGAGCCAGAGCCUCCUUAGCAACCAGCGAGGAAAUAUGGGCAGUCAGAUGCAAGGCCUGAUGACCCAGUACACUUCACUGCCUUCAUAUCAAGUGAGUGGCAAUAAAAGAAAGAAGAAAUAUGGUGAGGGUAAGGGACCUUGGAAGUGGCAAUCUGGUAAGUCAGAAGUGAAUUCAUGCAAUCUUCUGAUCCCUGUGAUAGUUUAGAAAGCUGUCCCAUGCUCUUCAAAGGCAUAGGUGCAACUAAAGGUAUGUGACUUACGGAAGGACUGGUCGUGGCACUAAAACAGCAGCACCAUCUCUAGUUUUUGCAUUUCCCCCUCUUUUAUUGUAGAGCCGUGGUUCUGCCUACAAUAAGUCUCAGGUUCAACCCCCAGUAUCUCCUGUAAGGGCUGCAAAUUCCCACUGUCAAGAGCCCAGAGAGCUGCUGCCAGUCAAUGUCAACAUUGUUGAGCCAGGUGGAUAGAUGGUCGGACUCAGCAUAAGGCAGCUUGCUAUGUUUCUGGGUUCAUCCGGCAUCUCUGUGUUGUGCAUCCGCUGCCAUUGUAGGCCCAAAAUGUGAGAUGGAAUGAAGAAAUGUAUAACUUAGUGACAUCAGGGGAUGGGCAUGUUUUGCUGCACAUUAAAUAGGGGGAGAAAGCAAACUUGAUGCAGGAUUGCUGUUUUGGCAACAGCCUCUGUUAAUUAUAACAGGUUAACAGCAACCUAGAAACAGAUCGGAACUGUUUUACAGAUCCAGAAACUGCAGAUAGCAACCAGAGGUUGCUGCUGAUGUUGAAAGUAAACUGUGACAACCUAAUUGAGACAGUUGAACUCCCUAAGUCCAUUUCCAAAGACCUGUAUAAAUGAGUGUUUUGUAUUCCAUCACACCCUUCCCCCCCCCCCCGAAGCCCCAGUGCCAGGCCUGUUCUGGGAAGCUUUUUCAAAGCCACAAGGUGAUUAGUAGUAACAGUAUGGUAGGAGUUGCACCGAAUGUGGGAAAACUUACCGGGCUCAUUCCUGAAGCCUACAUAGCACACAUUGAAAGGUCUGUACUUUUGACCCACAUUACAAACCACCAUAUUACAAACACCUCAGCAAUUGACCAUGCCUAAUUUUACUAGGCAGGGGAGAGGGCUUGAGAUGUAUAAAGCCCCAAGGGCUCCUUGAAGUCAGUUGUGCAGUUUUCUGGGUUGUGGAUGAAGUGCCCAGCUGGGGUGUACCUGAAAAACAACCACACACUUGGAGUGCCUUUUUUUGAGUACACUUGCUGUGAGGGAAGAAUUGUGCAAAUUUCAUCAAUGUCCCUAGGAACUCUGCCCUUUAUCUGCAAAAGUGCUAAAGGCUUAUCUAAAAUCUACUGUAGAAUGGGAAUUCUAAAAAUCCUUAUUACAUGACCAGAAAUUAUAAAUGCAGCAAUGGUUCAAUUCAUUUGUUUGUUUGACCACAUAAACGAUGCAAAAGAAGCUUUCUCUCAGAGGUCAGCCUCCAGGUGUUGCUGGGCUCCAGAUUCCACUGUCCCUGAUGGGAGCUGGAGUGAGACAACAUCUGGAUGGCCACAGGUUCACCACUCCUGCAUUAUUUGAUCAUGUGUUCCAUGCAGUACAAAAGUGUUUUAGCACAACAGCCUAUUUUAAAGUAAGUAGCUAUCUAGUGAGUGUGUUCCAGCAGUUCAAAUUACAUCAACUUUUCACUGCCGUUCCUGUGUUAGGUGUACCUUGUCAAGAUAUAACAAUUGCUGGGAUUCAUUUGUAUCUUACUAUGCAACAAGGACAACAAGUCAGAGACAUAUGUUUAGUUUUCCUUUUUCAGUUACUACCAUAUGCACCUUGUAUUCAGGCUUUUGUCCUGGACUAAAAUAAAUAAAGUGAAAUAGAAGUGAAGUGAAGUGAAAGCAAAGCCCUGGAGUUCACAAAGUGUUGGAAGCAAAGAGCAGGAGACCUAGGCACUUACUUUUCAUUUAAAGACCAGAUCUUGGAGGAGGUGUCCCACUGUUCCUCCACUGUUGUUUUCUGCAUUCAGUGCCCCCUUAAACUACUGUAUGUUGUUGUCUUUCCCCCUGUUUAAUAGGUUCUCUCCCUUUACUCUCCCUCUGCCCCCCGCCAGCAGGUUCCAGUGGCUAAUGAGUCUCAGGGCGUGGUCCAACAGCCCUUUCAGCAGCCUGUGCUGAUGCCAGCAAAUCAGUCUGUACAAGGAGGUCUACAAGCUGGGGGGAUGCCAGUUUAUUACAGUGUUAUCCCGCCAGCCCAGCAGAAUGGCACCAGGUAAGAGCUUGAGCCAAAGCCCUGUAUAGUGUCCCUUCUCUACUUGGAGCAGAGCCUUCAUAGGUUCUCUUUGGAACUCCCCUUUUCAAUAGGUCUGCAGGGUUCCUUCCUUGAUGGGUUUUCAGAACCAAAACUUAUCUUGGUCAUCGCAGGCUUUUGGUGGAAGGAAGGAGGAAUUAUUUGAGUUCCUUGGACUGCAUGCAACUAACCUGUUCUGCUAGUGGAAGCCAGAGCAAGGACUCCUGCCAGUGCAGUGGGACUUCCCCAUCUCUUUUUCCCUUGCCCCCCAGCACUCCCCCCCCCAAUCUAUUAUGGAGGGCUAGGAGAAUCCCCAGAGCAGUUCACAUGGGGAGAAAAGGUGACACCAUUUUGUCAGGAAAGCAGAAAUGCUUGCACUAAUGGGACAUCUCCUUAGCACUACAUUGCAUUCUGCCCUUUGUAUGUUGCUUGAGUCUGGUUUUGAAAUUGUGUUUGCAGAAAUUGGUUUUAUGGAUUUGUUUAACCAAAAUUAAGGAGUUGACUAGUUUAUACGGUUUGCUUUUUAUUUUACGCUACCUUGAGGGUUCAUUGGCAAAGUUGGUAGGCAUAGAAAUUUAAGAAAAUAGAUAAAAGGGAACCAGAAUAGGUCUGGGGUGUGUGGGCGUGUAUAUCACCUUUCUGUUAAGAUUAUAAUAAUCACAGUACAGUGGUGCCUCGCAAGACGAAAUUAAUCCGUUCCGCGAGUCUCUUCGUCUUGCGGUUUUUUCGCCUUGCGAAGCACGGCUAUUAGCGGCUUAGCGGCUAUUGGCGGCUUAGCGGCUAUUAACGGCUUAGCGGCUUUAAGAAAAAGGAAACAAACUCGCAAGAACUCGCAAGACGUUCGCUAAUAGGGGUCACUGUUUGGCUUUCCCAGUUUCUGCCGUAGGAAACAGAAAUGAGAAAUAGGAGUUACUGGCAACAAUAUGUGAUGUUCUCUCAAGCUGACAAUCAUUCUUAUGGAAAGAUUUGCCUACUUGCACAAAGUUAGAUGAUGAUUGAAGGGAGUCAUAAGAGCCAAUACCCUUUUCAUGUAUGGUCUACAAGCCUCUCUGGCUGCCCUUUCUAAUUUUAUAUAAGUAUACCUCUCUCAGAGAGGACAAAAAUCAGUCUACUAUUUAAUCACUCUCCUGGUUGCCAUUGAUGACCAGGAAUUCCAUAAAGGCGAGCGAUGGAACCAGUGAAGCAGGGAAAGAGCACUCUGCUUUGAUCAACCUGAUUUGGCUUCCAUGCCAACCAGAGGUGGAAUGAAGCCACUUCCUACAUGGAGAGUGUGGAAGCCAGUUGGCCUGGCAGAUUGGGGACAGAGUGCUCUGCUUCUCCGGGCUAGCAAAGCUGAGUCCUCUGUACCUCUUUUGCAAGCCCAGCUGGUUUCUAUGCAACUCUGCUCCAUCUCCCCUGCUGUGGGGGUUAGAGAUGUGGUCUUGGCAAAUGGUGGAGGUUAUUGACACUGGUGCAGGCAGUGCUUUCCUGCACGAAAGCAAGCCCAAGAGACUCAGUUUUUUAGACCACAGCCCCACCUGCAUCCCUUUGGGUUGGAGUAGUCCCAGGGAUUGGGCUACAUGAUCCUCAGGGUCUCUUCCAACUCUGAUUCUUUGAUUCAAGAUGGAGAAACAACUAGCUAGAGAAGGGGAGUGGGGGUGGGGAAGCUUCCUUGUGUAUGAGCGAGAAUAAGAGGAUGAGAAUGCGUGUGGCAUCCCUACCCCCUGAAGCACUGAAUAAGCAUUCCCCUUAAUUGAAAGAUGAUUGGAGCAGGAAUCACAGCAAUUAGCAUUAAACUGAUGAAUGAUGCGGGAAAUUACUCAGUGCAGUUGGGCUUGGUUGUCUCUCAAGGGAAGCACAGCUGGUGUCUCCGUCCUGUUGCUUCUGCUGCUUCAUCAGAUCUUGCUAUUUCCUUCCCAGCCCUUCGGUUGGUUUCCUGCAGCCUCCUGGGGCAGAGCAGUAUCAGAUGCCACAAUCUCCUUCGCCCUGCAGCCCACCACAGAUGCAGCAGCAGUAUUCAGGUAAGGCGGUUUACUCUAUUACUUAGCCUAGCAGAAUGUGACCCCCCAAAAAAAUCCCCACAUACACACACACACACUAUGUGCAAAGUUGCAGAAAACACUGAAACCAGAAUGCUAUGAGUUCACCAACCAUCACCAGAUCUCAGUGAUCUGGUUAAAGAUUGUUAAAAGACUGGACUCGAGCAUCAUGAGAUCAAGAGUACACUUGAUUUCAAACUCCCAACUUCCAGUGUUUGGUGCAGUAUUGAUCUAGUGGUCACUGUGAAAAACGCCCAUCAUUUUUCAAAGCCGGUCUGUCAUGUAUCUCCUGCCGGUCCUAUUCAGGCUCCCCCUGCCUCAUGUCAAACAUCCUUCACAGACCAUGGGGCUCAAAUUUAGUUAUGGUGUCGCCUGCUCUGCACCCACUGGAAAAUAUAAGGAAGAUGUACAUAAAUAUAUCUUGGACCUCAUUUCUUUAGUUGAAAAUGUGGUAAAAGUUCAGACCUUUCCUAAAUUUUUCAGCUGGUAAAAUGUUUUCGUUUCCCCCUGAUAUUGUGGGAAGCAGGGGAAGGAGCGAGGCAGAUCAAAUGGAAAUGUUCAACAGGGCAGCCCAAGAAAAGGGUCAAAAAUGCCUGUGAAAAAAAUUGGGGCCACCUAAUUAACACCCCCAACUCCUAUUCAUUUAUUUAGAGCUUUUCUGUAGUAAGUGCAUUCAUGUGAAAUGACGUGAAGCUUGCUAAAAGCCUUCAUCCUCCACCACCACCACUUAUGACUUACAAGUGUGCAGUAUUCAUAUACAUUUGUUCAUAGCUGUGAUAAGAAUAAUGGCUACCACAAACAGCAUCUUUUGCUUGGGUACCCAGCUGUCUAUUCCAAACCUGGAAAUGAAUAAGUCCUGAAUUUUUUUUUAGUUGUAUUCUGAGCUAGCUCUGCUGUUGGGCAGAGUGAGCCAUCUCAGGUGACAGGUGGCUAGGAAGCAGGAAGUGGCAGCAAAGUGUUGGAAGAGAGUUUUGUGUGCCAUGUGGCCAGCCCUCCACCUGCUAAGCUAGACUGCUGCCCAUGGGAGCAGUGGGAAUGCCAGCUCAUCACCAGAGUAAAAUUUGACAUGGGGAUUCCAUUGAGCCCUGCCUCCAGUUCAGGCACUUGUAGGAUUAUAAAGUUUUAAUCUUGGUCUGGAAAUUGAUCAGUCAGCCUAGUGGAGCCUGGGGAAAGGGGCUGAAUUGGAAAAACUGGAGUUGGGAGGGUCACCAAUGCCCACAUGCCUUUCUUCUCAAGGAAUUAUUUCCCACUUGGAGCAACCACAGUGACCUUAGAAUCUGUUGAGUUGGCCCAGGUAUAAUGGACAUCUUGUUUUAUGGCUCUGUUUCUCCAUCCUGUAUCCUGAGAUCAGUCAUUUGCCUCUUCUGUAAAGGGAGACGAGUUGUGCUUAUGGCUGCUGCAGGCUCUUCUUAACUAUUGCUAAUAACAUCACUGGAGCAGAAGCUUGCACAUUUUCCACUGAGCUGUGUUCUAGCUUUCCAACACCAGAGCUAAUUUUCCUUGAUAGCCGUGUUUGCACGUCAUGGUAAGCCCAACUAUGGCUUACUGGGUCUGUGUUGACUCCUGGAGAGGGGCUCUCAGCCACUUUUUUGCUCCUCCCCUGUCUUUUCCCCCCCAUCACUGAACUAAGCCAGGGUUUGAUUUAGUGUGUUGUUGUUGUUAAGAGAGAGCUUGUUGUUAAGUUCUCUCCUCUCUUAACUAUGAGCUGUAGCCAAGGUUUGUUCUUAUAAUUCAGAGCAGUUUUGUUCCUCCUUCAGUUGUGAAUUGGAAGAUUCUGUAUCAAAGUUUAAGCACGCUGUGCUGCACUUGCUCAAUUUCACCCCUCUCUUCUCUCUUCUACUUAGAUUGUAAGCUCCUUGGGGCAGGCAACCUGCCUUUGCUUAUCUAAUUCUGUAAAGAGCCACUUACGCUGAUGGCACCGUAAUUGCAGUAGUAGUAACUAUGAGGCUCACAGAGCUCCUAUUGGUGUGGGAGGGUAGAAAUGGAAGGAAAGCAGGAUUGAAAUUUCACAUAGUGUUCUUAUGCAUAUGAUGAUGAUUUCCCCACUCCUGGCUUCCUCUGUAGGGGUGUCUCCAGCAGGACCUGGUGUUGUGGUUAUGCAGCUCAAUGUGCCCAAUGCCCCUCAGCCUCCCCAGAACACUUCAAUGGUGCAAUGGAACCACUGCAAGUACUACAGUUUGGACCAGCGAGGGCAGAAGCCUGGAGACAUCUACAGCCCAGACACCAGCGCUCAGGUAGAGGAUGGGGAUGGAUCUGAUUGAAGAGGGGGAAAUGGUUAGGUUGAAUGCAGUUGAUGGCACCCACCCCACCUUAUAACCUUGCUUUCUAUUUUUUUCUUUCCUCCAGGCCAACAGCACCCAGCUGAACAGUCCCAUCACAUCCCCCACACAGUCACCUACACCUUCACCUGUCACUAGUCUCAAUAGCGUUUGCACCGGACUCAGCCCCCUCCCAGUCCUUACACAGUUCCCCCGGCCUGUGGGCCCAGCACAAGGUAAGGACAACUCUGGGGAGUUCUUGUUAUAGCUAAAGAACUUAAAUAAUUUUAGUUACAAUAGAGAAAAACUCCAUGAUUAAGCUGCAGCAACCUUUGCAUCAAUAAAUAUUAGCAGUGUGUGCUUGAAGCCUAGCUUUCAAGACUCACAAAGGAAGGAACUUCUUGGUUGAUGUCAUAAUGGCCAGCAAGAUGCUUUGUGGGUAGUUACAGUUCCUUUGCAUUUCUAAUUUCUGCCUGCUUCACUGCAGGGCAUAAACACCAACCUUCACAGGAGACACCUAAGGAGCUAUAAAACGAGCAGUUCCUUAUUAAAGUCCAUGCUGCAGAAUAACCACCACAACCUUUCAAUCUCUGGAGACUUGAGUUGGAUGCAAUUCAAAGGCUUCCAUGUCAGAUCUUUGUCCAGAGGGAAGCCUUCCACCUCUAUUACCAAGCCAGGAACACUGGCAAUUUACAGGUUUUGGAAUGUCUUUGUCAUGCUGUUAAGCUGGAAAUGAUUCGACCCUGUGUUCCUGUAUGUGUGGGAAAGUGAGGAUCCUCCAACAGCAAAGAAAACAAAUGAUUGCUCAAGAUGCUUCCUCUUGAACAUUAGGUGCAACUGCCCUCUUCAACCUCUCUUUGCCUCUGUUUCUUCCCAGGUGAUGGCCGCUAUUCCUUGCUGGGCCAGCCACUGCAAUACAAUCUCUCCAUCUGCCCCCCACCUCUGUUGCACAACCAGUCCAGCUAUACAGCACACCAGGUGAGAAUGGACAUGGGUUGGGUCACUGGUGGAUAAUAGUAAAGUUGGGAAUGUAGAAGAAAGGCAGGAGUACGUAUGGGGUCUUUCUUCUAUUUGUAGUCUUGUAUGUGUGUUGUUGCAUUAGGACAGCUGCUUUCAGAGCCCCUUACGCCAUAUACACAGCUCCCAUUCCUGUUGUAAAACUCUCCACCUCUUUCCCUAUUUAGGAUUGCAGAUGGAAUAACCAACCAGGUUCUCAUCCUUAGAAUUUUGUUUAGCUCCAUCUCCAGACAAAGCCUGUGUAGAACCGUAAGAUGCUAACCCCAGACCUGAUCUUGAUCAGUCAGUCCUGUGAGAAACCUAGUGUGGAUGUGAUAGUAGGUGCAGCAUGGUGGGCUAGGAGAUAGAAGUCUUAGGUCUCAUCACAUAAAUGCCCUAGGUGGUCUUGGCCAUGUGGGAAUAAUAGGUUCAUUGUGCAGAAUUACAAGGAUGGCCAAGAUAACACAUGUGAAUGGCUUUACACACUUAAGUGCAUUGUAUGAAUAUGCAGUAUAACUUGUGUAAACUAAGCCUGAACUAAAAGUUAUUUACUGUGAUGGGAGAACUAAAGUUCAGACUGGGGUCUUUCACAGAAAUGGCCAGAUUGAAAUACCAAGGGUGGCACAUGAUCGAGCGUGAAAGUGUCCCAUGCUAUCAGUUCUAUUGUUUUUCUAUUGCAGGGACAAACAGGGAUGAAGCAUGGCAAUCGAAGCAAGAAACAGGCUCUCAAGUCUGCAUCCACGGACCUCGGAACAAGUGAUGUAGGCAAGUGACAAAAUUCAUGCUCCACUGGCCUCAUCAGUGUUGCCCACAGCAGAUCUCUAGAUUUGUCUUUAUGCUCAGUGCCAGAGUAAUGGAGCAAAUGCUAAACUGGGGAAAGCAGUUGAAUGGGAAUUACCCAUCUGUCCAGCCCACAUCCAGCCAAGGAAUAUGGGGGAACUCAAGCAUUUAUUUUUUCCUCCUAGCAGGGUGUUCACAACCACUAGUCUCUAGUUGGUUAAAGGAAUUGGGUUCUGGCAGACCAUAAUAACUGAGAGUCUUCUCCAGUUGCAAGAAAGACUCAUGUCUUACCUUUGCUAGAACGUCUUUCAAGGCUGGCCAUGCGUGCCAAGAGAGCAGCUAGGGCCGUCCCAAGGCAUUUGCUGCCUGGGGUGAACCAGAAAAUGGCUUCUCCUGUCCUGCCAUGUCUCACUCCUACAAAAAACAAACAUUUGCCUAGCUGGGAGCUGGAGAGGCCCUUUCAGAGCUCUUUGCAGCAGCCUGGAAGGAUUCAGCAGACGAACAUGCUGAGUGCCACCCACAAAUGUGGCUACUUCACCCUCCCUUACAAAUUCCCAUGGUGUCUGAACAAGGGCAACAGCAUUGACCCCACACUCCAAAAAUAAUAAAUCAAGGGGGAGGGUGUGUGGCUGAACUUCACAGCUCUGAUAAAAAAUGCUCCACUCCAUGGCAAACCUGUCACCUCUGCCAGCCAUGCCCCCCAGCCCCCAGUCGAGGAUACAGCCCGGGAGCAUGAGGCAGGGCCAGCCCCCACUUGCUGCUAAUUGCACAACCCCCUACAUGCCUACUCAGAAGGAAGCCCACUUAAGUAAAAGGGACCUAGUCCCAGGUAAAAGCAUGUACAGGAUUGCAGCCUAAAUACUUUCUAGGGAUUAGUUUAAUAUAGGCCUCUAGUUGCUUGGCCCUGAACAUCAAACUCUUUAUACAGAAGCCAACUUCAGUAUUUAUUGAAAAAAUCUCAGGUCUUUAAAGGAAGGGAAUCAGUUUAUAUAUUUAAGGUUCUAUUCAAUUCUUACAGAGGUAGCCCCACGCAGAGUGCAUUGCAGUAGCCCAAGCAGGAGAUAACCAGAGCAUGCACCACUCUUGCGAGACAGUCCGUGGGCAGGUAGGGCCUCACUCUGCGUACCAGAUGGAGCUGGUGGACAGCUACCCUGGUCACAGAAUUGACCUGUGCCGCCGUGGACAGCUGUGAGUCCAAAAUGACUCCCAGGCUGCGCAUCUGGUUUUUCAGGGGCAGGGUUACUCUGUUCAGGACCAGGGAGGCCCCCACACCCACCCGCCUCCUGUCCCCAAAGGACAAUACUUCCGUCUUGUCAGGGUUCAACCUCAAUCUGUUUGCCGCCAUCCAUCCACCAACCGCCUCCACAGGAUCUUCACCGCUGUCACUGGUUCUGAUUUGAAGGAGGGGUAGAGGUAAUAUGAGCUUAGCUAAAGCUUGCCAAUUAGAUUUGGACAGGAUAAGCUAAGCCAGCAAGUAAAACCCACUUGCCAGUAAAUGAGGAGGAGUGUUGAAAAUGCCCCCCGUAAACAAACUACACGGUGAUGUCCUGCUGUUCCUUUAAGAGUCUCUUUAGAGCAUGAAACUUCUCCACCUGCAUCCCCCACCCCCCAGUGGAAAAUAGCCUGCGGUGGGUCUGCUAUAUUUGCUACUCUGCCUGUUUAAUAUUAGCAAAGAAUCCUGCCUGCCAAGACCCAGCACUGCUGCUGCUAACUGGAAACUGGAACUGUCAUGCAGUUAUUUAUUUGGGGUGCAGAUUUGGAGCUGCUGCCAAGACACAACCGCUGGCUCUAGUGCCCAGUUCCUCCAGCACAGGAAUCUGUGAAAAUGACUGGCAGCAAACUUGGCACUGACUGGAGAGGAAAAUUCUUUUCUGCUUAGAGCAAUGUUUCCCAGACCAUGUGGGGGAGCCCAUGGGGGAAGAGGCAGAUGUUUUCCUUGCUUGAUUGGCAAUUAGUCUGUAAACAGUCAAGGGUCUUCAAAGUUUUGAUUAUAUCCCUACCAGGAUCGUUGAGAGGGAAAAGCUGGACCACAAGGCCCUGAUUGCUCCCAGCCAAUUUACCUGAGUUUGGAGAUGUAGUAUGGGAUUUGUGUAGGAGCCGGGGCAGGAGGAGAAAAAGCUGAAUUAAAAAUUGCUUAGGAAAAUGUUAAAACUAGUUAGUGAUAUGAAAUGGACUGGGGCAAGGACGCAGAAAGGAGACAGAUGAGUCUGGGGUGCAUUAAGAGUAUGUGAGGGGAUGAGCAUGUAGAAGAGCAUGCGCACUGGCUUUUAUAAGUUUCUGUGGAAACUGACAGUGCCGUCUGUCAAAGACUCAAAGCACCAACAAUUGAUUGUGAUUGUGGCCUGUGGUUCUUUUUAUGGACCAGGAACCCUCAGAACUAAGGGCAGAAAAGCCUACUACUGGUUCAGCAAGGUGGCUGCUUCAGGGUGCCAGCUGGUGUAGGCCAUGUUUGAACAGGACCAGGAUUCUGCAUCCUCGGUGCUCUGUCCUCACAACGUCACUUCCAAUCUGGCUUGCUUACCUGCCAUUCAGACCACCAGCACCUUGGUGUGCUGGAGAGGAUGCCUCCCUGAGCUCUUCUCACAACAGCUGUGGAUAAUUCCUAGCACCUCAUCAAGCGGAGGUUCCCAGGAUUCUUUGGAGGUUGAUCCCACAACUAAGUGAUAAAAGCCAAGUUUAGGUACCACUGAUCUGAAACUAUUACUAUUUCAAAAAUAGUUGAGAUGUAGACUAAAAGGUAGUGACUUCCCUAGAUUCAACUACUGAGCUUCACCCCUCCAAAUCCACUCUCAAAAAUUCUGAGAAUGGCCUGGUGCACUUUAGAAGCAUUGUGGACAAUCCAGGAUAGCGUGCUUAUUAUAUCAGGCUGGGCUUUGAACAGAUCUGUUGUAUUAACAUACUCUGGUACGUAGUAAUCAAGUGGAGUAUGCAUGGAGAUAUCAGAUAUGCCAACAACAACAUAUUUAAAUGCCGGAAACAUUGGCACCAAUCUGUUUUGUACAGAUGAUUUCUAAAGUUGGCUUACAGUAUUGCCACCUGUGAAAAUCACUGCCAGUUUUCUUCUGUUUGAUCUAAGCUGUGGUUGCAAUACAUCUGGUAAGUGCAGUCUGACUACACCUCAGGCAUGUGGUGAAUGUCUGUGGUAUCAAUGGAGUAUGUUGCUGCACCUUGUGAUUGAUUAUGUGGGGCAGGGUUUGUCUGCCCCCUCCCCCAAUAUUUUAUUCAAGUUGGCACUGCUUGACAAGGGGAACAAACUGUUCAGUUGCCUCAUGCUCAUUUGUUUAUCAUUUAGGGGAACUUUUAAUAUCCGAUUGAUCAUUGUAUUUUAAUAUUCUGCUGGAAGCCGCCCAGAGUGGCUGGGGAAACCCAGCCAGAUGGGCAGGGUAUAAAUAAAUUAUUAUUAUUAUCCUAGAGGAGUCAGCAACAGGUUUUAUUACUGUUUCAUUUCAACAGAAAAACAUGUGCUUCAAGAGCCCAUACAAAACUGGGAUUAGGGUCUAACCCCAGUUUUGUAUGGCUGACGAAAUGAGCUGUGACUCCAACCCAUAAGACCUGGCCAAAAUGACAGCCGGGCCCAAGACUUCUAGGUCCUGUCGCUCACUUUUCUGCCCACAAUUUUUGUUGCUGCCAAGGGUGCUGAAAGUGUUCCUUUCUCUUUCUUAUUCCUUGCUCCCUCAUGGCCACCCCUACAGUGUUGGGCCGCGUACUGGAAGUGACUGAUCUACCUGAGGGCAUCACGCGUACAGAGGCCGACAAGCUCUUCACUCAACUUGCCAUGUCUGGUGCCAAAAUCCAGUGGCUCAAAGAGACUCAGGGGCGUCCAGGAGGAGGAGGCGACAACAACCAUGGAACCACAGAGAACGGCAGGCAUUCUGACCUUGCUGCCUUAUACACCAUUGUGGCCGUCUUCCCCAGCCCUUUGGCAGCGCAGAAUGCCUCCCUGCGUCUCAACAACUCACUUAGCUGCUUCAAGUUGCGUAUGGCCAAAAAGAACUACGACCUGCGUGUGCUGGAGCGUGCCAGCUCCCAAUAG